GUCUUCGACCCGAGUGACUGCUGGAUCAGAAGAGGUUGCAGUAUUCUGGAAUGCCUCGAUACUUCUGCAAGGUGGCCAACACAGACUCUGCUGGUGUCCCAAGCCUUCAGGCUGCACAGCUGAAGCAGACUUUUUGAUGGACAUCGGUCGCAUUGAGCUCGUGGGUGUGUCACCUCUGCCGCAGCACCGGACAUGCGUGAGUGGACAAACUUGCGAGUUUGAUGGAAUUACCGGCCACUAUCUAUCCGAUCAAGAUGUCUACCUGGUGGCUGACACCUGUGGCACUACUUUGGGACUGCCGCGAUUCUUGGGAAGAAGCAGCUUCUCCACUUCAGUCACAGCUUCUGGAGCACGUGUUUCGUUUGGAUCCGUGCCAGUGACAGCUGCAGGUGGUCACUUCAUGCUCUGCUGGUGUUCCGGCAUUCUUACAGGCUGCAGCCCUGGUGACUUUCAAGUCGCUGGCACACUCAGCUUGUUGGGACCGGCUCCGCUCCGGCAGGACAAGACAUGCAUCAGUGGUCACACCUGCAGCUUUGAAAUGACCAGCCACCUACCGCACGCAGGAAAUUCGUUCCUGGUUGUGGACACGUGCGGCACAAACAGUCUGCCACAUGGUGUCCCCUCAACACCCUUCCAAGCUACAAUGUAUCUCUCAUCUUUUUCAGUGGGCUUCGUGGAUGCUGACGGAGAUGGCAUUACUGCCUGUGGAGGAGACGAGUGCUUCAACGAUCCGUUUAAAAUCUAUGGUGGGAUCUGUGGCUGUGGCGUCGCCGACAUCGACACAGAUGGUGAUGGUCUAGUGGACUGCUUGGAUUGGUGCCGCCUGGAUCCAAACAAGACACUUCCUGGAUACUGCGGAUGUGGCGACACCGAAGAUGACACGGACGGGGACGGUGUGCUAGAUUGUGCUGACAGAUGCCCCCUUGAUCCGACGAAAACCAACCCUCAACUGUGUGGCUGUGGAGUGCCCGAUACAGACUCAGACAUCGACGGUACGCCAGACUGCUAUGACAAGUGCCCCAGCCAGCCAGACAGUGUUGCUGGCGUGUGCCAGUGUGCUGCGAGCUUUGCCGACGAUGACUUCGACGGAACCCCCAACUGCAAUGACCUGUGUCCACUAGAUCCACUGAAGCUGGCGCCCGGGCCAGGAGGUUGUGGCACUCCUGACACAGACAGCGAUGGGGAUGGCAUCGUUGACUACUUGGACAUGUGCCCCUUGGAUGCUGGCAAAGUCGAGUAUGGCGACUGCGGAUGCGGGGUUUCGGACAUCGACUCGGACUCUGAUGGAUUGCCUGACUGCGUCGAUGCAUGUCCCCUCGACAGCGGCAAGAACCUGACAGGCAUUUGUGGCUGUGGGGUUUCGGACGAGGAUCCUGAUGGAAACCGACGGCCAAUUUGCUUUCCAGAUUGUCCGCCAGUCUCGACCUCCACCCAGUACGCCGUCUCUGUGGCCGGACUUGGCAGGGAACAGAUCUCAAUGGCAGGUGGCCAAUAUCGCCUCUGCUGGUGUGCAGGCAAGUUGGGUGCAAAUGGGAGCAACGUGUCUAAUGAGAGCUCGGCAGACAGCUACAGCAGCUGCUCCCACUUGGAAGAUUUCAGGGUGGACUUCGGUGGGCUGCUCGUCAUGGGGGUCGCGCCUCUGAAGCAGUCUAGGACCUGUGUGAGUGGCUCUUCCUGCAUUGUCGAGGGCUUCACUGGCUUUGGCCUCACCUCAGCCGAUGGUUACAUGAUCUUGGAGACCUGCGGUGUCCACUCGGGACCUCUUCUGACAUUGCUGCCCUUUGACAGCCAUGGAAAUGUUAGCAACGGAUGGUCAAUAACACGGCGCUGGGUGGGGGAGACCCAAGUCUCUGGUGGCUUCUACAGGUUGUGCUGGUGUGCGGACCACUUUGACAACGUUACCUCUUGGUGUCAGCAUGCAGAAUACCACACAGUUGACGUCGGAACCAUGUCCUUGGUAGGACCAGAACUCUCCCAGGUCGGAUGGACUUGCGUGUCUGGGCAGGGAUGUGUCCUGGAUGCAAUCGCCGGCCAUGGAUUGUCCGCGCUCGAUGCGCUUAUCGUUCUGGAGACCUGUGGAACAGCUUUUUCUGGCACGGCGGGCCUCCCACGGCCAGCGGCUCCACUGGAGCUGCUUUCUUCGCUUCAUGGGCGUGCAUCGUGGCAUGAUCCUUUGACCAUACCCGGAGGUCUGUGCUGGUGUGCUGGCAUAGAGCAGCAGUCAUCAAGCCUUUUGAAUGGCUCCUGCAUUGCUGGCAAUGACACAGCUCCUGCAGAGCACUUUGCUCUGGACGUUGGGAGUGUCACUGUCCUCGGCGUUGCGCCCUUCUCUCAGCAUCGGACUUGUGUUGCAGGGCUGCCUUGCCACAUCCAUGGCAUUACCGGCCACGGAUUGGCAGACGAUGACAAGGUGCUUGUUCUUCACACAUGUGGCAACGUGGCUCAUGUUAGCGGAUUUCCAGGUUAUGGUGCAAUGCGACAUACAUCAGCAUCUGGAGCAUCAGUGUUCUGGGCUUCUCCAGUCACAGCUCUUGGGGGCCAGUAUCGCUUAUGCUGGUGUUCCUCUGGCCAGCAUUGCAGCAGUGGCGAGCAGUUCCGCACUGAUUUUGGUAGCUUCACACUCGUGGGGCCCAGCGGGUCCAACCAGGACAGGACGUGCAUCGCUGGACUCAGUUGUGUCGUGGAUGGCAUUGUUGGGCAAGAUUUGUCUGUCCUAAAUCAGUACGCUGUGUUGGACACCUGCGGAGUCGCAAGUCCCAUAACGGGCAUGCCGUCGCUGGAGACCACUAUCCACAAUGCGGCUGUUGCCUCGGUUACGGUUACAGCCGUGGCCGGUCAAUAUAGGCUCUGCUGGUGUAGUGGCCUGCUGAACCAAACACCACUUGGGUCGAAUUUGACCGAUAACCAAUCGAACGGCUCCGGCUACCAGUCUUUCCUGCCGUGGAACAUGAGCCUUGUCAAUCUGAGCUCAUCCAAUGACACCGCCUUUCCGUGUCGAACUGCCGAAGAGUUUCGGAUGGAUGUAGGUGCGUUGCUUCUCAUUGGAGCGACCACGUUGGCAAGUGACUUCACAUGUGUAUCUGGUAGAGAUUGCGAGCUUGAUCACAUAGUUGGCAUCAGCUUGAGUGAUGGGGACUCCAUCGUUGUGCUUGAUACGUGUGGACGAGCCGGUGCUCCAUUGCAGCCUCGAGCUCUUGCCAACGGCACACAUGCAGCCUGGCAGACCAUCACAACACAAGGGGGCGUGUACCGCUUGUGCUGGUGCAGUGCAUCCAAGCAGUGUCACUGGGCCGAAGAUUUUGAUCUCGACAUUGGAAGGCUCUUCGUCUUGGGUCCACGGCCGCUGUCACAAGACCGGACUUGUGUUAGUGGCAUGGAAUGUGCGGUGAAUGGUAUUGAGAGUUAUGGCAUGCUGCAGGCAGGCAGCAUUGCGAUUCUCAGCACCUGUGGCCUUGUUGAUGGAACGGACAUAUGGGCUGGGCUUCCUAUGAGCUUUGCAUCGCAGCAGCAGCCGGGAAGUAGUGUUUUCUCGGCAAAUGUGGUGACCGACGUUGAAAUGACGGCUGCCGGCGGCAAGUACAAGCUCUGCUGGUGUGGCUCCUGGGCUGGCGGCUGCGACAGAUCUGAGGACUUUAAGGUCGAGUUCGGCAACUUCUUUUUGGUGGGAGUCUCCCCUCUUCACCAAGACCGGACCUGCUUCGCUGGCGCUGCUUGUGUUUUAGUGGACAUCUCCGGCCAUGGAAUUGCGGCAGAAUCUUCGGUUCUGGUGCUGGAGACCUGUGGUCUUGGUCGGGCAACGCUCAUGAGGUCCUGGUGGGAUGAAGCUUCCGUCAGCUCUGCCAGUGGCUCAGUGACGUCGUGGCCCAUGCGACCCUCCUCUGGCCCAGGAGGUCAGUAUCGCUUGUGCUGGUGCUCCCGGCAACCCUGCAGCGUGCGUGAUGCAUUGGUGGAUCUUGGCCAGUUGACCUUAGUGGGCCCGGAACCCCUCUAUCAGCAUCGGACGUGUGUGAGCGGGCUUACAUGCGAGUUGAGCGGACUAACAGGGACUUUCUGGAGUGGAGACAUGUGGGUGCUAGAUACAUGUGGGACGAGAAGUGGCUUGAUUGGAGGAUUUGCGAUGGACGGCCGUUCUCCCAUCUCCAUGCCUGAAGGCAUUGUCAGCUUCGACUAUCCGGUUUCAGCCGCAGGCGGACAGUAUCGACUCUGCUGGUGUUCAGAUGGUUUCUUCAAUCACAGCAAUUGGACAGAUGAUCUUGCUCGACGCGGCUGCAGCUUUGCCCCGGAGUUCGUUCUGGACAUCGGAGAAUUGCUGCUGGUUGGAAUGUCACCACUUACGCAAGACCGAACUUGCGUUGCUGGGCAAAGCUGCCAGCUUUUAGACUUGCGGGGAUUUGGCCUGUCUGCUCUGGACGAGGUAGCUGUCCUCGACACCUGUGGGCAACAGGCUUUGCAACGCUGGCCAGCGGAGCCCACGAUGCUCGAAACAGAUGGCAAGCUCAGCGUAUCCUGGAGCUUCGUCACAACAGCAGGCGGCCAGUAUCGGCUGUGUUGGUGCCCUGGAUUGUCUUGGACCUCGGGGGAGACAGACGAUGACUUCGAUCCCUGGGCUUCAAACGACACUUUGAACGUGAGUGGGACGCCGGUGCAAAGCUUCCAGAGAAAAUGUUCUUCCACGGAGUCGAUGAUUGUGGACUUUGGUGCAUUGACACUUCUAGGUCCAACUCCCUUGUUCCAGCACUACACGUGUGUCAGUGGCCAAACCUGUGAAUUGGAGCAUGUGGAGGGUCUUCAUCUGCAGGAGGGAGAUCGUAUCCAACUUCUGGAGACCUGUGCAGUGAGUGCGCAGGGCGUCGUGCCGUCGCGGAUGCCUGCAGGAGGUCUGCUAGAGGCCUCUGCUCUUGGCAACAACAGUCUGACUUUCUCCCUCGGCGAGGUGGACGUACCGAUCUCUGCGGCUGGAGGGACUUAUCGCCUUUGCUGGUGCUCGGCCGACGUCGACUGCAGGGCCUUGGAGUCUUUUCGGUUGGAUAUUGGACAGCUCACGGUGCUGGGUGCAAGCUCAAGCAGCUUCACAUGUGUCAGCGGUAGGAGGUGUCAUAUUGACGGAGUCCCAGGGCUUUUUGCAAGCUCGGCUUUCAUGGUGCUUGACACUUGUGGCGCGGGCACUUCGAUUGACCAGGGGCAGAUGAUUCAAAGUUCUGGUAGCAUGUCCGGGGUGACGGGAGUGCAAAGUGCCUCUGGUGGGCAGUACAGACUCUGUUGGUGUGGCUCUUCCGAAGAGACCUGGAUCCAAGGGGACAACGACAGCAACUCUUCAGUCAGUGUGUUGCGAACUUUAGGUUGCGCGACAUCGAAAGACUUCCAAAUUGAUGCUGGCGAGAUUCAUCUGGUCGGACCAGUUCUGGGUCAAGCACGCACCUGCAUUGGGGGUCAGUUGUGCCGCAUUGAAGGGCUUGUUGGCUACGGCUUGGCCCCGAGUGAUCGCCUGCUUGUCAUGAACAGCUGCGGCAGCAUUUCUGCUCUGCCUGCAGGAUUUCCUGGCACAGGUACGGCCUUAGUGCCAACGAACAGAACCCUGGCAACCAAUAUUUCAGACUUCUGGAACACCAUUUUGACUGCAGCCGGGGGCACGUAUCGUUUAUGCUGGUGCAGUGAGCUUGAUGCCAGCUGCUCAGCAUCUCAAGACUUUUCGGUGGAUGUAGGGGACUUUACAUUGCUUGGUCCACAGCCCUUGGAGCAACACCGAACUUGCAUCAGUGGCCGGGCCUGCUUUCUGGCGGCCUCGCCGGAUCAUGGUCUGGAGGGGCUUGGAGUGGACCCGGUGGAUGGCCUGCUGGCAAUUCCGCUCGCAUCCACCUGCGGGACUCUUGGCGCGAGGAGUAUCGACGGCACAACCUCAUACCUUUCUGUGCCCAGCGGCUCCUCACCGGUAACGGUUGUACAGGCGGUGCCGCGCAUGAAUGAGCCCGGCGGCCUGUAUCGGCUUUGUUGGUGCAGCUCUCAGGCCUUAUCCUGCAUGGCGCAGGUGCAGCAUCAUUCUGUUCAGGUAGGUCUUCUGACCGUCCUUGGCCCUGCCCCUUUGAAGCAGGAUCGAACCUGCAUAUCAGGAACUAGCUGCAUGGUGGACCUCCAGGGAUCAUUUGUCGAUGCAAGAGUAGCUGGGAUGCUAAUGGUGCUGGAAACAUGCGGCCUUCCAGUUCUGCUGCCACGCUUUCUUCCAGAUGGCGUAGUGCCACUUCCUGGAAGGACAGAAGCAAACAAGUCGGCAAACAUGUCGGCAUUGCAAAUCAGUGCCGCCGGUGGGCUUUACCGCAUGUGCUGGUGUGCAAACACGGCGUCGUCUCUUCUUAAUGAGUCUCUCGCAUAUGAUUCUGGUCUUCGCCUCGAGGCUUGCAGCGAGCCUUCGGACUUUGUUGUUGACGUCGCAGCCUCAGGCGGCAAGGUUGGUGCCUUGACGGUUGUGGGGCUGGCUCCCCUUGAGCAGCAUCGUGUGUGGUGGACGGGAUCAGCGGACGGCACCUCACGUUUGACGACAAGUGAUGUUCGUGGGGACCGAGGAUCAGGGAUGGCAGUGGCCGAUUCGCUCGUCGCCACCGACACCUUCUCCACGAUGAUCUUUUCCUGGGGCUCGGAGAAGCUCAGCCUAGCUGGCGGACAGUACCGGCUUUGCUGGUGCUCCAAAGCGGCUUCAUCGAACAUACCCUUGAACAUCUCAAAGCUCGGUACAAACCAAUCAAACAGAGCUGCUUGUACCACCGCCGAAAGCUUCCAGGUUGAUGGAGGUCGCAUGACAAUCAUCGGUGUGGCCCCGCUGGGGCAAGAUCGGACAUGCUUGUCGGGGCAGACGUGCAUGAUAGACGGAAUUCAAGGUCAGCACCUCUCAGAUCGCGACCUGUGGUUGCCCUUGGAGACCUGCGGAGUGCCGGAUCAGAUCAUCUCACCGGCCGGGCGACUUGUUACGUCGGUGUCGCUUUCAGGCAGCUUCGUUUCAUGGGGAAACCAUGCUCUCACACUGGCAAGCGGGCAGUACCGCCUCUGUUGGUGCUCGGGUGAUGCGCGUUGUAGUACAUCUUCUCAGUUUUCCAUAGAUGCCGGAGAGUUCCACAUUAUUGGGCCGUCUCCACUGCAGUCCCACACCUGCGUGUCGGGGCAAACUUGUGUUGUCGAGGACGUGGUGGGCACGGGAUGGGAAGCCACGGAUCAGUUCUUGGUAAUGGAGACCUGUGGGCACAGCCAGGCCACCGCCGGACUGAGUUGGACUGGUCGCGUUGCUGCCUUGAGCGAAACCUACGCGACAGUGACCUGGAGUUCAGCUCGUGUUCUUGCACUGGGCGGCAGUUAUCGGCUGUGUUGGUGUCCGGGCGUGAUCGUAUCAAGUAGUGCCAACAGCUCGCGCGACUGUGUUCCGACGGAGUUCGCUGCAGAUGCUGGCGAGCUUUUUGUCCUUGGCCCCACCAGGAGGCAAGAGUGGACUUGCAUCUCUGGUCAGGCAUGCUCAGUCUCUGGGCUAGAUGCCGGUGCGGCAACUGGUGACUUUGGGCAGCUGGUGGUGCUCGAGACUUGCGGCGUUGGAGGCAUCCUGCCCCGCUGGUCUGAAUCAGGUCGUCUAGCACCACAUUUGGUCGCGACCGGCUCUGUCACUUCUGGUGUUGUGGUGUCUGCAAAAGGCGGCCGAUAUCGUCUCUGUUGGUGUGCUUCAUUGCAAAAUCCAGCGGCACACUGCUCAGAAAGUCCGGCCAAUGCAUCUUGCGAGCUCUACACAAGCAGCACAAGCAAUGGUACCGGAAACUUAAGCUUGCCUUGUCAAGAGGCACAGGACUUUUCUGUCGACCUGGGCAGCCUGGAUGUGCAGGGCCCGAGCCCGCUCGACCAGCACAUGACCUGCUUCAGCGGCCAAGCCUGCCAGUUCCAUCAGCUUACCGGCUACUAUCUGGAUAGCCUCAGCAGAGUCAUGAUCCUCGAUACCUGUGGUGCCAAUGUGCUGCCAACCCGAUUGACGCAGGAAGGCUUCAUGAGUGGUGGUGUCUGGGCAUCCGCCGAGAUCACUUCGCCCGGAGGAGUUUACAGGCUUUGUUGGUGCCGGGAGUCGAACUCCACUUGGCAGAGCUGCCUGCUGCCUGAGCAUUUCCUGACCGACGCUGGCACCCUCACAGUCCUUGGGCUGAGCCCCCUGAGUCAGGAUCGUACCUGCAUUAGCGGCCGCAAGUGCACUCUUGACAAUCUGGAAGGAGUCGGCUUGGAAGAUGCAUCUUUUAAGGUGCUCGUCAUGAACACUUGUGGGCGGGAUGACACAGUGCCAAAGUGGGCCCAUGCCGCAGACUUGUGGACAAAGCGGCCCGGCUUUGCUUCGUGGCUGGACCUGGCCGUCACGGCUGUUGGGGGUUACUAUCGCUUGUGCUGGUGCUCACAUACGAAUCACACGUCAGAAAGCCAAUGUCUGCGAUCCUCUCACUUCGAGGUGGAUGCGGGUGGCCUCCUCCUUGUGGGCCCGACCCCCCUCGAGCAGGACAGAACAUGCAUCAGCGGGCAGACUUGCGUCUUGGAGUCGCUGCUCGGAGUUGGAUGGACGGAAAGAGAUGUAUUAGCUAUACACUCCACCUGUGGCGGCUUACAUGACGAAGGGGUGCCAGCGAGGUUCAUUCAAGAAAGCCCGCGCCUGUCAGAGACGGCAGGUGGAAGCUGGACGGCAAGCUGGGAUUCAGUACGUAGUUCUUCUGCAGGAGGUCAGUAUAGACUAUGCUGGCAUGUGGGGACGGAGCUGAAUGGAACAGCGGUGGCUGCAGACGUGGAAGGUUGGAUAGACAUGGGUGCCUUCACACUUAUCGGACCAUCUACCGACGCUUCUCGAACAUGCCUCAGCGGACAAACCUGCCGAGUGGAUGGCUUGCUGGGACACCACUUGGAUACCAACGACUCGUUCAUUCUGAUGGAGACCUGUGGAGUUAUGCAAGUUGUUCCCAGAUUUGCAAUCGGCGGGCAGUUCGAUAGCGUGCAAGCCAGCGGGGCUGCGGUCUCUUGGGGUGCAGCACUGAACUCUGCUGCCGGUGGCCAGUACAGACUGUGCUGGUGUGGAGCGCUGGGCGAUUGCAGUGACCCUCAGUAUUUUGCCGUCGAUGUUGGCGAGCUUCAUUUUUAUGGCCCAGCCCCUUUAUCGCAAGAUCGAACAUGUGUGAGUGGGAGGACAUGUUCAUUCGGUGGCCACGUUUACGGUGACCACACAUGGUCCAUGUCAAUCAUGGACACCUGCGGGCUGAGCCGUGAUCCACCGCAAAGAACUGCUGCGGUGGCCACUACGGGAAGUGUCACUUCCGUGACGUUCGAUACUUUGACAUCUGCAGGCGGCGUCUACAGGCUUUGUUGGUGUGCUGCGAGGACCUGCUCUACCUCAGAGUCCUUUGCAGUCGAUGCGGGGAAGCUGGAGCUUGUUGGAGUUUCUCGUGCGCAAGAUAGAACAUGCAUUUCUGGGCGAACUUGUGAGAUUGAUGGGAUUCGUGGAUACCAUAUCUCGAACCACGACUACCUCCAGAUUCUGGAGACCUGUGGAGAAGCGGGCUCACAUCCGUAUUUGCCCAGACAGCAGCUGUCGGUUCAGGGCGGAAGUGCUCGUGCCAUCUGGCCAGUUGUGCCAGUGGCUGCUUAUGGAGGCCAGUACAGAAUCUGCUGGUGUAGUGGCGAGGGGGCAGACUCCUAUGAAGGAAACUCUUCGCAUGACUGUGCAUCCUCGCAAGACUUCACUGUAGAGGUGGGGAAUCUCCUGGUCCUUGGCCCAAGCUUCCCGGAACAGACGAGAACUUGCGUCAGUGGCCAUUCAUGCAGACUCACGGGUCUCUUGGGCGAGAGCUUCGCUGGUGGAUCCGAAAUCCUGGUAGCGGAGACAUGUGGAACCGCUGCCGUCAUUCCCGGGUUUGCCCAUGCAAGCCAAACUCUUCAGCAAAACCUCCUUCUGGAAGUUGCGUGGACCACGGUAACCGCAGCCGGAGGGCAAUAUCGUCUCUGCUGGUGUUGGCCCCUUGAAAGCUACAAUGCUUCCGGCGCUGGGGCUGGCGAGUGCGAGGUGGCCUCGAAGUUUCGCAUUGACCUGGGCACGCUGACGCUUUUGGGCCCGCUGAGAGAUCAAGACCGGACCUGCGCUUCCGGCCUCAGCUGCUUCAUUGAUGGCAUCCUGGGGGAAGGGCUGCUCGACACGGACAAUGUGCUGGUCUUGGAGACCUGCGGAAUCAACCAGGUGGUGCCACGAUUUUCCGGCGCUGGGGUGUUCACCGACAUCUCUCGAAGUGGUGCAAGCAUCAGCUGGGGAGCUGCCCCGAAUACAGCUGCAGGAGGAAGCUACCGACUUUGCUGGUGCUCACAAAGUGCAUGUAGUACACCCACAGACUUCCAGGUGGACUUUGGAUCGCUUCUCCUGCUCGGAGUCGCGCCCUUGGAUCAAACGUUGACCUGUGUGGCGGGAAGGGCGUGCGCAUCCUCGUGGUCUUUCGGAGUCUCGGGGAUCUCCUGGUCUUCAACUUUCGGUACGGCGAUAGCUCUAGAGACCUGUGGAGCGGAGAGGGCACUUGCCCCACCAAGAAUGCAGAGCAACAUCACCGGAGUUGAGAUCCUUGAGAGAUCAGCUGCUGGGAAGUGGAGGCUCUGUUGGUGCGCCUCCGGUCUGACGAACGACUCAGCGUCAAACCGAAGCGUAUGUGAAACCAUGCUGGACUACAUUGUCGACAUCGGGGAGCUGUCGAUCCUGGGCCCGCUGCCAACGAGCGGUCACACCUGUGUGAGCGGCCUUCCUUGCCUCGCAGAUGGCCUCCUGGGCUUGGAUUUAUCCCCCAACGACUCGUUCGUGAUACUUUCAACUUGCGGGACCGAGACCACGCCGACGCGCUUUCCGAAUGCUGCGUUUGCUACGUUUGAUUCCGCGACGGGCACGCUCCACUGGGACGGAAACGGCUCUUUCACGGCCUUGACUGCUGCAGGUGGACAGUAUCGUCUCUGUUGGUGUCACCCUGUGUCCGCUGUUGACUGCCUGGCGUCUGUUGACUUCAGAUAUGAUGUCGGAAGCUUUACAAUCUUGGGUCCGGCGCCCUUGGAGCAGCAUAGAACUUGCAUAAGCGGAGCGGCGUGUACGCUGGAGGGACUCACAGGUAACUUGCUGUCAGAUGCAGAUGCAGCGAUGGUGAUGCAGAGCUGUGGCUCCAAGAAUGGUGCUGGCAUUGGCUUUCCAGCCUCGGGGCUUGGAAAUUCUUCUUUGAUCCUGACACCCAGCGGUGGCUCAUACCGAAUUUGUUGGUGCACUCCACCUGCCAGAGCGUUUGUCGCUGGUUUGCCUUCCUUUGCCUGGCAGGACAGGGAUGGCUGCAGCCUGGCAGAAGACUUUCUGGUCGAUAUUGGCGCUUUCACUAUUCUGGGCCCUCUCCGUGACCAUGCGAGGACCUGUGUCGCCGGCGCGAUUUGCAGUAGCGCCAUCCAAGGGCUCGGUCUUUCGUUGGAUUACCGCUUGCAGAUUCUUGACACUUGCUCGGGAUCGGGGCAGGUAGCAGAAGUCGAGACAAGAAACAACACGGCGCCUUUGUGGUUUGACAAGAUCUCAUCUGCGGGUGGAGCCUAUCGACUUUGCUGGUGUGCCCUCCAGGCUUGCAAUGAGAUGGUGGACAUAGGGACCGUCUUCCUCCUUGGAGUAACACCGCUACAGCAGGACAGGACUUGUGUCGCGGGCCAAGCUUGCAGGAUCGAUGGGGUGUCUAGCUAUGGAGAACUAGAUGCUAGCCAUCUGAUGAUCCUACAGACUUGCAAUGUUUUUGGUGGGCUUGGCAUUGCGGACGUGCAUGCCGCAGCAGACAGUGCGGUGGCACACGGCAAUUUCAGCAACGCUUCUGGAGAGAUGCCGGCUGUCCAAAGCAAAGCCUGGUUCCUGGAUGAGGUGACUCUACCUGGUGGGGGCUACCGCCUGUGCUGGUGUGGAUCCAUGGCUGCCACGGGUGCAGCGAACGACACGGGCGGCCCUGGCAAUUUGACGGCUUCUGACUGCAGGGUGAUUCCAGGGUCUCAGGUGGACUUCGGGGAACUCUUGGUAGUUGGUCCGUCCAACAUUGUUGAGGUGACCUGCGUGAGUGGGCAAGCCUGCGUCGUGGAUGGGCUGCUCGGUCAGCACCUCUCGACAGGCGACUUCAUCACCAUUCUGGAUACUUGCGGUGUGCCGAGUCCAGAUCUCGAUGGCUUCCCCCAGAACGGCUUGGCAGUGAGCAUUGCUGCAAGUGGCAGCGCAGCAAAUUGGGGUCUUCAGACUCCACUUACGGGCCAAGGAGGGUCCUACAGGUUGUGCUGGUGUGCGGCCGGCUUUUCAUGCUCCAGCUCCGAAGACUUUGCUGUCGAAGUGGGAUCGCUUUCCUUGCGGGGGCCCAUCCCUCUUGGCCAGGACAGAACCUGUGUGGCCGGUUUCAGCUGCAACAUUGCAUUCGAUGGGAUGGACAUGAGCCCAUACGUAGUGGAGGCAGUCAGCUCCGUUCGCCUCGCACUCCUCCCUUCAAACGUGCUCUCUGCGCGACUCGCGGUUGUGGAUGUGCACUACGCGAGUACUUCCGCAGAUUUGCAUGCUCCGAACAUGAGUGAUGUCAGCUUGGCAGCCUCCUGCAGCAUGACGAGUACGGGCUCCUUUCUGUCUGCAGGGCAAGCGUUGCUUUGGUAUUCGUGCUCCUGGCAGCCGGCAGUUACUGCCUCUCAGUGGUUUGUUUCGUUACAUUCUGACGCAACACUGCAGAUAUUUGAGGUUCAGUUCCUGGGCCGAAAGGGAUGGACCACAAUUUCUGACGCCGUCGGUGUCCAUGGGGAUGCAGGCAAGUUGUCGGAUGGACUCCUUUCAGAUUGGGUGCUGGCAGGCUCCGGGCAUCCUAUUCAGCUCACUUUCACAGCUUUACAGCCAGACACCAUAGUCAUUGCAGACACCUGCGCCACGAGCUCGUCAGCUUGGGGUCCUGUUCCUCUCAGUCCAUAUGCCGCGGACGUUUUGACCGUCCAGGGUGGGCGGUAUAGAAUGUGUUGGUGUGCGCGGGGUUUCAGGUGCAGCUUCAAGGAAGACUUUUCCGUCAAUGCGGGACUGUUGACCGUCGUCGGUCCCAAGACCGUGCACAACACUUGCAUUGGAGGGCACUCCUGCUCUGUGGAACUUGACGGUCAGUAUCUAUCCGAUCACAAUCAGAUUUUAGUCCUCCACACAUGUGCAGUGGAAGAUGCAAAUGCUUGGAAGCUGACUGACCUGGGUACCUGGCACCAUCUUUCCAGCAGCGGAGCAACCCUUUCCAGCAAAGCUGCUGUCACAUCAUCCGCAGGGUCAUACAAGCUUUGUUGGUGUAGCGGCUUCUCAGCGUGCGAGACUGCAUCUGACUUCUCUGUCGAGGCAGGCGAGCUUUGGGUACUUGGAGUAGCACCUCUUUUCCAAGCCCACACUUGCAUCAGUGGUCAGACCUGUGUCGUUGAUCACCUGACUGGUUUGGGCUUGUCGAAGGAUCAGGUCAUGAUCCUAGACACUUGCGGUACGCAAGCCUUACUGUACAGGGGCCUUGAUGCCAGUGAGCUUGUCAACGGAAGCAGCACCAUCCUUACCUGGACAAACGAGUUGACAGUGCCGGGUGGUCAAUACAGGCUGUGUUGGUGCAGUACCCAAUAUGCACAAGAUGCCUGUGCCACUGCAUCAGAUUAUCAGGUUGACUUUGGCCAGUUCACCAUCCUCGGACCCUCGCCACUGCAGCAAACGUGGACAUGCAUCGCUGGUCAAUCAUGUCGGAUUGAUGGCAGCACUGGUUUUGGAACUGGGCUUCCAACUGAGAUUGUGAUCAUGGACACAUGCGGUGCCCCGGACAGCCAGAUCGUGUUCCACAGUGCACCUGUCGGGGGCUUGUCCAGCUCGUGGGAAAACUCACUGUUGUCCAUUCCUGCUGCUUCCUACCGUCUUUGCUGGUGUGCAAUCGCAUCAUGUCCGUGUACGCUGGCCGAGAGUUACAGGGUGGACUUUGGCCGGUUGCUGGUGCUUGGCCCUUCCCCGCUAAUGCAAGAUCGAACAUGCGUGUCUGGCAGCAGGUGCGAAGUUGAUGGUUUCCUGGGCAUAGGCUUGUCCAGCUCAGAUCUUGUGGUUAUUCAGGACACAUGUGCAGACCACCGUUCGCGAAUAGGCCUGCCAGCAGGUGGGUCCCUGAUUUCGCUGAUGCCAGCAGCUGGGAGCUCAUAUGUGUCGGCGGAGAGUGUCAGGAGCAGUAACGGCACCGUGAUGUUCAACACUCUCACGGCAGCAGCAGGCCAGUACAGGCUUUGCUGGACGAGCUGGAUGGCCCUUCAGGUUGACAUGUUUGGUAACAGCAGCGAAAAUUUCAGUAUCGAGGAAGCAGUGAAUUUCCUGGGCGGCUGCAAUGACACACUUGGAGGGAACAGGACUUGUGCACUACCUCAGAUGCCUGGCCGUUUGAUUCUACCUACAGGCAUGAUUGACAUUGGAAGGCUCACGCUGAUGGGUCCCAGUCCCCUGGAUCAGAUGCACACGUGCGUCAGUGGACAACGCUGCAGUUUCGGCGGCAUCACCGGGUUGCAUUUGGAUGUUGGGGACCAGGUUGCGGUGAUGGACACCUGUGGACUGCCAGGCAGAAUGGACGAGUCAUCUCCGGUUCGGUCCUUUGCUUCCUGGGUCGACUUCGGAGCCACUACGCUUCCCGGUGCCACUUACCGGCUUUGUUGGUGCAGCGCAGCAGCAGGCUGCAGCUCAGCGGAAGACUUUCUCGUGGACUUUGGCAGGCUGUCCGUACUUGGCCCCGCGCAGUCUCAGCAAUUCACUUGCGUGUCGGGGCGCCUCUGCACCUUGAAAGGCUUGCUGGGAAGAAGCUUCUCCAGCCUGGAUCGCUUGGCGAUUUUUGACACCUGUGGCGGCGGCAGCGGCAGCCUGCCUCCGAUCCAAGGAGGGUCAACACCCCUGGUGCCACGAAUUCCUUCAGACGGCACGGGAAUGUCGACCUCAAGUGGGGCUGCAGUUCAGUGGGAUGGGAAAUUCACUGCAUUUGGUGGAUCAUAUCGCUUGUGCUGGUGUGCUGGAUCUCCAACAGGUGCCUUUGACAAUCCAGCCCAGGAUGCCUCAGACUUAGACACCCUUUGGAGUGCGGUUGCUGGGGUGCCAAGCCUUUCGAACGCGAGCAAUCUCUCCAGUCGCCGACUCGCCUCCAUGGUAUUUACCAACUCGAGCAAUGUCUCCAACUUGACGGAUCCGGGCUUCCUCUGCCAGCAGGCCUCGCAGUUCCGGGUGGAUGUUGGAGAGCUGCUGCUGAUCGGGCCCUCGCGGCUUCCAGCGGCCACCUGCGUCAGCGGCCAGACUUGUGUGAUCGAUGUUGUCGCGCAGCCUUCAGAAGAUUUCAUUCUAAUGGACACCUGUGGUGAGUCUCUCUCAAGCCUUGGAGGACCGGCUGUGAGCUCUUCCGUGGUGUCUUGGGGCCCAGAAGUGCUUGUAGGCGCUGGUGGAACCUAUCGGCUGUGUUGGUGCUGGAAAGAUGCUGCCGUGAAUACCAACUCCUCGAAUGCCACUGGAGGCUCAUCACAAGUUUCAGCUCCUGGCAUUCGAGUCGACGCGAAUGCAUCAAACACAUCAAACAUGUCGCGGGCGCAUGAGCCAUGUCGGCAGAUGCAAGACUAUGCGGUUGAAGUAGGGCCAGUGCUUCUGCUGGGUCCAUCGCCACUGCAUCAAGAUCGAACUUGCGUCAGUGGGCAUACCUGCGCAGUGGAAGGGAUAGUUGGCACUGAGCUGGAAGAUCUUCUGGUUCAAGACACUUGUGGCAGUCCCUCCUCUUUGACGUUGCCUGUGAACUACAGCUCCGUCGAUCAUCGAUGGGAGCUACCAGUUCUGACACAGCAAGGUGGCACAUACAGGCUUUGCUGGUGCUCGGGGAUGUUCUCAUGCCGCCUGGAAGACUUCCGUGUUGAUUUUGGCACCUUGCACUUGCUUGGUCCGUUGCCUCUAUCUCAGCACCGGACCUGCAUUAGUGGAUGUCCCUGUGCUGUGGACAGGCUCGAGGUUUAUCCGCCAGAGCUCGCAGGCAUGUCUCUUCAAGUUCAACAAGCGUGCGCAUCCAUGCAACUUCUGGACGGAUUCCCGACCGAUGCAGCUGGGAUAGACACGUCAACACGUUCUGCAACUUGGUCGGAGAUCACGGCUUCCGGUGGCAUCUACAGCUUGUGUUGGCAUGUGGAGCCUGAUGCAGGAUUCGCAAAUUUCACUGGAAAUGGUUCGCUGCAACAGUCGGGAAAUGAAAACCAUAGCCUUCGAAAUAGCCUGCCUGAAGACCACUCGGUGUUCAUGGGCCAGCUCCUUCUCAUUGGCCCGGCCCGGGAUCAUGCAGUGACAUGCAUCAGCGGAGGCCGCUGUGCUGUGAGGCUUCGUGGACUUCAUCUCUCCGACUCAGACUUCAUGGCAGUUCUGGACACCUGUGGUGUUAGCACAUCCUCGCAGCAGCUCGCCGCAGUACAGCAGUUGGAAUUCACGGGCGCACAGGCCGUGCUUGUGGAUUGGCCCAGCACCUCCAUGAAGAUUGAUGGUGGCCAAUAUCGCAUGUGCUGGUGCUCCGGGCUAGGAGUGCAAACAUCCUGGGCCAACAUCUCCAACACAUCGCAGCCCUCGCCCUGCGACUCGGCUCAGUCCUUCCGGGUAGAUGCUGGAAGCCUCUCUCUCCGUGGCCCGCGACCCGUUCUUCGGACGUGUCUUGUGGGAAGACCAUGUCUUCUCACAGGCCUGGAUGGCUUUGCUUUGAGUCCGUCAGACCAGCUGCUGCUUCUGGAGACUUGUGGCAGUCCUCGAGUUGCCGAUGGCGGUCUCUCAAAGAGCCUCCGCGAGGAGAUGUCUGUCGUGUUCACAAUCACUAGGGCCGGCAGCUACCGCCUGUGCUGGUGUGGUGCAAAGCCUUGGAGCCCGAACACGACGGCAUGCUCAAGCCCAUUCGAGUUCACGGUGGAUGCCGGCGAAGUUUCGGUGUUGGGACCACUGCCGUCACAGUUCAGGACUUGCGUGAGUGGACUGCGCUGCGCGUUGGAGGGUCUGCUCGGCACUGGACUUGACGAAGACGAUCGUGUGCUGGUUAUGGACACCUGCGGCAGUCCCAACAUGGUACCCCUGUUUCCAGCAGCGGGUCUUUCUCACGAGGUUGGUAGCAGUGGGGCUUACGUGUCCUGGGGGAAUGCCGUGGUCACCUCGAAGGGAGGAGCAUACAGACUGUGCUGGUGUAGUCGAGACUUGAACACCAGCUAUUCGGAAAAUGCGUCUGACCCAGAAUGUAGCUUGCCGAGUGCGUUUGGAGUCGACUUCGGCACGCUUGUGCUUCGCGGACCUGCAGAGCUUGCAAAGCCACUUUACUGCAUCUUUGGUGAUGAUUGCGUCAUGCAACCUGUUUCUGGCAUGUACACCAGUGAAUUGGAUUGGCUUCGUGUGCUGGACACAUGCGGCAUUGAUGCACAGCAGCCUGCAUACCAAGCGGACAUCUCGCUGCAAGUCCUGUCUUUGGCACAUGCGAGAUCAAAUGUCAGUGCUGAUGUCAACGUGACUGAUGGCCUAGUGCUUGGACUCAAGAACCGCUCAAGCUUGAUGAUUCCAGCUGCAGGCGUUCCUGCUGCUGGUGGUCAGUACCGGCUCUGUUGGUGCGGUCAUGAGUCGAACUGCCUAGCUGCUUCCAGCUAUCGGGUGGACUUCGGCAGCAUGUCAUUGACUGGGCCGUUGCAGGGACAGUCUCGGACAUGCGUCAGUGGUCAUUCUUGCGCAGUCAGUUCCAUUCUUGGAUACGGCCUUUCGAACGAGACUAGUUUCCUUGUCAUGGACACUUGCGGUCAGCCUGGUGCUGUCCAGGGCGCAUUCAGCAGUCCCGGAGUUCUGUCGUCUGGAGCAGCCGUGCAAUGGUCGGCUGAGCCAGUAACAGGUGGAUUGUACCGUCUAUGCUGGUGUGGAGCUGCCAUGAACUCGGCGAAUGCCACACAAGGUCGAUGUGAUUCUAGCUGGAGCUUCAAAGUUGAUUUCGGCGAUUUGAUGGUGCGAGGCCCGUCGCCGCUGUCGCAGACCUUCACAUGCAUUGCAGGACAGUCGUGUCGCUUCGACGGAGUCAGGGGUCAGGAUCUGUCCUUUGCCGACCAAUACUUGGUGCUGGACACUUGCAGUCCCAAUAGCCUGGCCACGGAUGUCCUCGCAGUUCGCAUUGCAUUUUCUGAGCAGCCUUGCAAUUCGUCACUCCAACCUGAAGGGGUGGUGCUAGUGCCUGGUGGUCAGUACAGAUUAUGUUGGUGUGGACGGGCCGGCACUCAGAACUUGUCGCACCAUCUCUCUUGCAGUCUUCCGACUGACUACCUUGUGGACUUUGCAAGUGUUUCCGUGAUUGGACCCUCUUCCUUUGAUCAGGACAAGACUUGCAUUGCUGGAAUGAGCUGUGCAGUUCGAAACAUAGACGGCUAUUAUACUUCCAGCGGUGAUGCACUGAUGGUGGCCGCCACAUGUGGCCAGAGUGAUGCAUUGAUCCGUGGACUUUCUAGGUCUGGACUCAUGCUGCCAGAUGCACAGGUCAAUUCGACUUUCCGUUGGCUCUUGACAUCCACAUCUGCACAAGGGGGUCAAUAUCGUCUGUGCUGGUGUGCCGAUGGCCAGGUGUGUUCAACCAUGGAGCACUUCAGAGUUGAUGUGGGCGCUUUUUCGCUUCUGGGGCCUGUGCCGAGCCAGCAAGCGUUCACAUGCAUUGCUGGUCGUGGGUGUAACAUCGACCCCAUUACGGGCUUUCACUUGAACGAGAACAGGCUGGUUGUGUUGGAGACCUGUGGCUCGGAGAGAGGUGUUCUACGCAUCCCCAACAGUGGCUUGUCCGUGUCUUCUGGUGCAGCCAGCUGGGGCCCUUUGCCUCUGACUGCUGCGGGGGGGCAGUACCGCCUUUGCUGGUGCGCAGACCUCGUCAUGAAGCCGCUCAAUGAGUCAUACAGCACUACAAGAGGCUGCCGCAUCUUUUCAGAGUAUACUUAUGACAUCGGCAGCCUCAGCAUUCUUGGGCCAGCGCCAUUUUUGCAGAGCCGGACAUGUGUUAGCGGCCAAAACUGUCAGCUUGAUGGCUUCACUGGGCACGGUCUCAGCAACCUGGACAAACUUCUGGUUUUGGACACUUGCGCUGAACCUACCUCCGUGGUGCCAAAAUGGAGCUUGGCUGGUGGCAGUGUGGAGACAACUAGCAGCGGCACAGCUGCCUCAUGGCAAGCCAUCGUGAGUGCUGCUGGUGGACAGUACCGCUUGUGCUGGUGUGCGACCUUGCCCAUCAAUGACACACUCGCCGGCCAGUCUUGCACACGUGCUGGAGAUUUUGCCGUGGACAUGGGUGCGAUGUGGCUGCUGGGUCCGACACCGUUGUUGCAAGACCGGACGUGCAUCAGCGGGCAGACUUGCUCAUCGAGGGGCAUGGUGGCUACGACAGGCGGUGGCAUGUUUUUGUCUGGUCGAAUCCACGUGCUUGACACAUGUGGACAGGUCGGAUUCUUGGAAAGGUUUCCAGCAGGUGGACUCAGUGAUGAGGUGAGGCCUCUGGAAGGCAUUGUGACCUCACCACUUGCUGGAGACCUGCUGGACGUUCGUGGCAUGUCCAUUGUCAGCUGGACCUCUGAAGCCUUGACAGUUUCAGCAGGCCAGUAUCGUUUGUGCUGGUGUGCCCUCCUUCCGGCUCCAACGAAUACCUCGGGCUGCAUCUUGACAUCUGAAUUCAGCGUAGACUUCGGAACCCUUCACUUGUACGGCCCACUCCCUGGCCAUCGCCGCACAUGUGUCAGCGGAUACACCUGCUCAUUCGGCGGCAUUGCCGGCUACGGCCUGAGCCAGAACGACACUAUCCUGGUGAUGGAGACUUGUGGCUCCAAUCAUGUCGCAGCCCGCUUUCCGUGGAGUGGCUUUAUUGACCACAUCUCCGCUAGUGGGUCUCGCGUGAGCUGGGGGGAGACCCCCAUAUCUGCACAUGGCGGUAGCUAUCGCCUCUGCUGGUGUAGUCAGAGUGGUUCGUGCAGGAGACCCGAAGCUUUCCCUUUUGACUUUGGUGAACUCCUGCUGGUUGGGCCUGUGCAGGUGGAUCAAACAUGUGUCGCCGGUCAGACCUGUUAUCUUGACGGCCUUCCACGUGCAUGGUCCGAGCUGAACUCUUACAUGAUUUUGGAGACAUGCGGCAUAGCCAAUACACCUCUAAGUGUUGUCACUGCAAGUCCCGUUCUGUCGGCUCAGGGCCAAGCAAACUGGGGCUCAAGCCCUCUGACGUCAGCUGACCUUCAGGCAGGCAUCUACCAGCUGUGCUGGUGCGCUCCACUGCCCUCUGUGAAUUCUACGCGUUCCGAGGACAGUCUGACAGGUUCGUGUCGCCUGUCUUUGCAGCACCAGGUUACUGUUGGCACGCUGAUGAUGAUUGGUGCCAUCGCCGAGCAGCAAAGAACCUGUGUCAGUGGGUUAACUUGCGUGAUUGAUAGCAUUGAGGGCUACCAUCUAUCAAUGUAUGACAGAGUGCUCAUCAUGGAAACCUGCGGCACUCAAGUACCGACUGGCUUUUCUUGGACAGCACAAGCCAGCAACGCAUCGGCGGGAAGGCUAAGCUUUUCAUGGGGUGCCGUCCAUAUCACACCUCAAGGAGGCUCCUACCGCUUGUGCUGGUGUGGUGCAUCUAUGGCUUGUAGCCAGGUGCGAGAGUUUAGGGCAGACUUUGGGCAAUUAAGCGUCCUUGGACCUGCACCCUUCCUUCAGCAUCAGACGUGUGUGUCGGGGCACCUCUGCCGCCUCUCCUCUGGCAUAGAGCAUGCGAAUAACAGUGACAUCGUUGGACUGCGCUAUGCCGUGUUGGCACUGGACACUUGCGGUGGAGUUUCUGUUCCUCAAGGCUUUCCGCUGCAUUGGACCAGCAAUAGCAGCUCGAAUGCAACAGCUGACAGUCUCUUGAGUGCAUCGAUGCAGGACGUCGCAACAGCUCCUGGCGGCACAUAUCGCCUUUGCUGGUGCGGCAUACCUGAAACAGCCACAGGCUGCAGAUUGCCGGCAGACUUCCGAGUUCAUGUUGGAGAGUUGACCAUGAUUGGUCCUCGGCUUGGCUCCCAUACAUGCAUCAGCGGUCGCCUUUGCAGUCUCGAAGACUUGCACCUCAGUGGCUCCCACAUGUACAUGGCCUUGGACACAUGUGGUGAAGCAGUGUGGGCUUGGCCUUCGGGUUAUGCAGGAUUAGUCAAACCCGGAAUCGCAAUCCCGGAGGAAACCGCCACAUUGGCUGGGCAGUACCAGCUUUGUUGGUGUGCCAACUUGCGCGUCGUGAACGCAAACGCGACUGAAAAUCCCAAUGCGAGCUACCCAUGCCAACGCGCAGAGGACUUCGCGUCUUCCUCUGGCACAUUCACCAUCCUUGGUAAGUAUCGGCUUUGCUGGACUCGACUUGAUGCGAACUCCAGCAAUUCCUCCAUGCCGGCAGUCUCCUUCCACGUUGACAUUGGUGAGUUACUCUUGCUCGGCCCGUCUCCUUUGGAGCAGUCCGCCACUUGCGUGAGCGGUCAGAGUUGUGUUCUUGAUGUGCUCAGUGGGUAUGGCUUGGACUCGGGCGGGCAUCUUAUGCUUGCUGACACAUGCGGAGUUCAAGGGGAAGUCAGCCUAAGACUCCCAAGUGAUGGGCUGACAUCUUGGGGUGCGAACGAAACUACAGUCUCCUGGUCCCAAGCCUUUACAGCUGCCGGGCAGUCCUACAAGCUUUGUUGGUGCGCAGUGGGACUUUCUUGCAGUUCCAUCAAUCACUUCAUCGACGUAGGUGUCCUAAGCCUAAUUGGACCUGCGCCUCUCAGCCAGGGCCGGACCUGCAUUUCUGGGAGCUCCUGUAGCUUCGCGUUGGACUUGGAGCCCUUCCGAGGUAGCAACGCCACCGGCCAGAGCCAGGUACUGAUCUCAGCCACCUGCGGUGCAGCAGCAGAUGUGGUGCCAGCGCAGUUCCUCGGGCCCUUGGGCUCAGCAUCCUGGCCCUCGCUUGUCCUUCCAGGUGGUGAGUAUCGCCUGUGCUGGUGUGCGCAAGAUGCUUGUGAGAUCUCCGAGUUCUUCCGGGUGGAUCUGGGCAGGUUCCUGGUGCUCGGUCCGAGUCAGCAUUAUCAAGCGACUUGCCUGGCUGGGCAGACAUGUCAGAUGUACAUCCCAGUAGCAGGUGGCUCGGACUUUGACCGCUUGUUGCUAGCAGAAACUUGUGGAGCGAUCCGAAGCAAGAGAAGGCAGCCCUUUUCCAUGAUACCAGAGGUUCACAGAUCCGCGCCAGACGUCCUGUCCGUCAGCUGGGGCACAGCAGCCCUUGUGCAGUCAGGUGGUGAGUACCAACUUUGCUGGUGUGGGCAUUCAUGUAGCGACACAUCCAGUUUCGUCUCCACAGCGGGCAGCUUGUACUUGCGAGGCCCUGCACCCUUGCAGCAGCAGUUCACAUGCCUCGCCGGUCAAAGCUGCUCCUUGGAGACCUUGUCCGGCUAUGGCAUGUCUAAUGCUGGAGUCUUGCUUCUGAUGGACACUUGUGGAAUCGCCUCCACGACGUUGCAGUUUGCACCGGGCGAGCCCCAGGGGCUUAUCAGUGGCUAUGUUCCUCUCGCAGGUGGAAGCUAUCGGCUCUGUUGGUGUGCGCUUCUUGCGAGCACGAACACUUCUGGUUGUGACUUGCCUUCGUCUUUCUUAACUGAUGCUGGCACAGUGCACAUUAUUGGUCCAGCGCCAUUGCAGCAACAGUACACUUGCGUCAGUGGCCAGACCUGUACACUGCGGGGGCUUCAGGGUUCCUCCCUGCAGCAAAGUGAUUCCGUCGCAGUUUUGGACACGUGUGGAAGCCUUGAAGCGUGGCCGCUCAAUCUUGUUAAGGUGUUGAACUUGCAGCCUGAUGCCUUGACCGUCAGCUGGGAAGACGCCCUCUCCACACCGGGGGGGCAAUACAGACUCUGCUGGUGUGCCACCGGUGCACGGUGCCAAGAUGCAAGCUCUCUGCGAGUGGAUUUCGGAAGUCUGACCUUGAUCGGACCCGAGCAACUGUUCAUGGACCGCACAUGCAUCAGUGGCCGAACAUGUUCGUUCGACGGGCUAAUCAGCGGCUCAGGGCUGCUUGUUCUGGAUACCUGUGGCUUGCCCUCGGUGGGCAAGAGAUGGGAUGGAACCCCAACAAGAAUGCCACAUUUCAUGAGCCAGCUUGAGCACAUGGAGAUCGAGGGCGAGCGAGUGACUUGGGGCAACCUGCAGUUCAGCGCGGCUGGCGGAGCAUUUCGUCUGUGUUGGUGCGCAAGCAACAGCACAUGCCUCGUACCCGAGGACUUUCAGCUGGACAUCGGCCAGCUCUUGUUGAUUGGUCCAAGCUUUGGACACUCGCAGUCCUGUAUUUCGGGACAGGUUUGUUCCAUAUCUCGUGUCAAAGGGUGGCAAUUGUCCGAGUCCGACAGGAUCAUGGUUCUGGACACAUGCGCGCAACCUGGAAACGCGACGCAGAUUCCUGCGGCUAUUGCAGGCUUCGCAGCCGAUGGUAUGAGUUGGUCUGCCGUCCAAGAACUCAAUUUGACGGAUGAAAUGCGUGGCUCCACUUACGGUCCACUAAUGCGCUUUGAACUGGCUGGGUACAUCAGUGCACCGGGUGCAAGGUAUCGGCUCUGUUGGUGUGGAGCACAGGCGGCCUGCUCUUCAUCCGAGGACUUUUACGUGGACUUCGGGGAGCUCCAACUCCUGGGACCUUCGCUUGGACAAAGCCAGACUUGCAUCAGUGGUCAAACGUGCUUCCUAAAUAAUCUCGCUGGUCACCAUGUGCAAGACGGUCAAGUUGCAACUUUCGACACUUGCGGCGUUCACGGUGUGGGAUUGGAUGGUGCCGACCUGAGCAAGUCAGUCGUAGGUGUGCACAUCUCGCAAUCUCUUGCAUCAGCACCAGCACGUGGUUCUGGCAUCUUGCUCUCAACAUUGACUGCUAGCGGAGGCAACUACUGGCUGUGUUGGUGUGCAGGCUCGGAGUGCUGGCUCGUGCUUGCUUUCUGGUUUGUGCCGGUCACGUGGAAGAACCGUCAACUCCUGAGAGGCAUUGGCCGCUUCACGUUGCAGGGCCCGGCACCGCUUCAGCAAGACCGAACCUGUAUCGCGGGCCAAGAAUGUGAAGUGGAUGCCUUGACAGGCCUUCACUUGCCAAGUGAUGGCAUGUAUGCCGUGCUGGACACUUGUUUCGCCCUCAGUGGCCGCAACUUGGUGCUCUUCUUGGAUCCCGUCAAUGCCCUGGCCUCAGCAACAAGGUAUCGCGUGGACGUUGGUUCGAUGCUGGUUGUGGGUCCGAGCCCCCUUCAACAAGACAGGACUUGUAUUGCAGGUAGAACUUGCAACGCAGAGCGGAUUCAUGGGCAGAGCCUCAGUGCCGCCGACAGACUUCAGAUUCUCGCGACUUGUGGUGGGACGGUGCCGCUGCGCUUCCCCAUGAACGGACUCAUUGUACCCGACCUCAAUGCGUCUCAGCCACCCAGUGGUAUGGGGCUUGGGUCCGAGAUCGUUUCCGCACCUGGCGGCCUGUACAGGCUGUGCUGGUGCAGUGGCUUGAAGCCGUCUGGCUGCUUGCGUGGCACGGAUUUCCAAACUGAUCUGGGUGCCAUGACCGUGUUGGGGGUCAGUCCCCACCAGCAAGACCGAACCUGCAUCAGCGGCAGAGUAUGUGCUGUAGAUCCUUUGCUGGGGCAUGGCUUGAGUGAGGCUGACAGCUACAUGAUCUUGGGCACCUGUGGUCAAGCUGUCACGACGGUCGGCAUUGGUAAGGCAAGCUUCAGCUCACAUCCGAGGAUCAUCUGGGCCGAUUCAUUGACAGCAGCUGGUGGCGAAUAUCGAUUGUGUUGGUGCUCCGGACUGCCGUCACCGCCAACGGAUGACUUCAACACAUCCAACACAUCCAUCGUGACAGCAGGCAGCAGCAUGACCGGAAACGCAUCCGUAUGUUCGGUAUCUUGGGACUUUGGCAUCGAUGCCGGCAAGCUUCUUGUGCUAGGACCGGCACCUCUUUUCCACAUGAGCACGUGUGCAGCAGGUCAGACAUGCGCCAUCAAUGUCGCUGGGACGGGACUAUCAUCUGCAGAUCUGCUUUUGGUGCAAGAUACGUGUGGCCAGCUGUUUGCAUCGACUCCUUUCGCAAGCCCAAGCAGCCUGCGCCUGUCAUCGUACAACAGCAGCAACAUCAACGUCUCCUUUGUGGAUGCAGCUCGAUCAGCAACUGCUGAUCUGGGCCGAAGUGUCAGGGCCGGGGAAUAUCGCCUAUGCUGGUGCCAGGGCACGUCGAACGUGUCGGACUGUCGUGUCGAACACUUUGACGUCGACUUCGGGGUGCUGCAGAUCUUCGGCCCAACCCUGCAGCAGGACCGUACCUGCGUGAGUUCGAUGGCCUGCCAGAUAAGCGGAAUCGAGGGCACCGGUUUGGGCAGCGGUGAUUCUUUGAUGUUGCUGGAGACCUGCUCUUCCGGAGCCAUGCUGGAUGGUCUUCCGGCAGUGCCCUCGUCAACUCUCUCCGGUUCGAGCUUCGACUGGACUGCCAACUUGACAGAGAUUGUCAUGAGCUCACCAGGUGGCCUGUACAGGCUGUGCUGGUGCAUGCGCGGAUAUCCGUGCGAUCUGAUCGAGCACUUCGUCGUCGACAUGGGCGCUCUACAUGUGAUCGGUCCUGCCCCGUUGACACAGCAUCGAACGUGCAGUAGCGGCCAGUCAUGCCUCUUGGAUGGCUUGGUACAGGUCGGUAGCGCGGAUGUAGCCAAGAUCUUGGUGCUAGAAACAUGUGGAACAUCCGCUCUCAUCAUGCCGCCUUCUGGACAUGCUAUGCCGUCCAGUAGCGACACGUUGGGCAGAGCGGAUGUCACUGGCCAAGUCCGUUUCGCUCCGGGUGGCUUGUACCGGCUGUGCUGGUGCGGCGAGCUGUUGCAGGAUGCAAAUGCCACAGGUAUUCUGGGCAAUGCGAGCGGGCAGUGUAAACUGGCGCAGAAUUUCGGGGUUGAUAUGGGUGGCUUAACGAUGCUGGGCCCGGCACCUCUGCAGCAAGACAGAACCUGUGUGGCAGGCGGAAGCUGUCUCCUUGAGGGCUUCCUGGGAACCGGCAUGGAAGCAGGUUCCUUGCUACUCCUGGAAACCUGUGGGGUUGCUGCUUCGGCAGACUUCGGAGCCUCAGGACGACCGGGUCAACCCACGGGCCCAACUGUGGCAGCUCUGCUGGCGUCGGGUGCCUCUUUCCGCUGGGAGGCACGGGUUCCUGCCGCCCCUUCGGGAGGAAGCUUCCGACUUUGUUGGUGUGCUGAGAAUCUGCCCCAAAACUUCACCAACUACACGAGCUGUGCCAUUUCGCCCGAUUUCACCGUGGACAUGGGAAUGUUGCAUGUCAUGGGUCCUCUUGCAGGGGCAACGCAGCAACAAUUCACCUGCGUCGGCGGCCAGCGCUGCACUUUAAGUCCUAUAAAGGGCCUGGAUCUGAUGCCUGGAGAUCAAGUCUUGGUGUUGGACACUUGUGGCGCUCAGGGCAUGCCAGCCGAUAUAUCAGGUACUUUCGUCGUCGGUGGUCUUCGUAAUUCUGUGCUGGUAUGGGAUGUUCAGGUGGCUCCCCUUCCCGGUGGGCAGUAUCGACUGUGUUGGUGUGGGAGCCAAAGCAUGUCCACAUCAAAUCGCACCUCCCAGCUACCGGCGGAUUGCAAGACAGAUGCUGGAGGGCUCAGUGUAUUAUCUCCCGCAUUGCAUCAGCAGCGAACGUGCGUCAGUGGACAGACUUGCUCCCUGGACGGAAUCACGGGUUACGCCCUAUCCCCGGACGAUGCAAUUAUGGCUUUGGACACAUGUGGAGCCCCCACAGGUGUCAUCAACAUGCUGGCGAAAGCAGCUGUUGUCUCACACAGUGGUGCCGCGGCUGGGUGGGAUGCAGCUUUGGUAACAGCCGCUGGUGGCAUCUACCGACUUUGUUGGUGCGCCGGCCUGCGCGGUGAGGAAGGCCACACCAACUCUUCGUCAUGCAGAACUCCAUCGGGCUUCACGGUUGAUUUUGGGGACCUGCAUCUUAUUGGACCCCAUCCGUUGCACGCCACUCGCACCUGCAUUUCUGGACUGCCAUGUGUGACAGCGGCUUUGGAAGGCUUUCACUUGUCCAUUCACGACCGCUUCGUGAUUCUGGACACUUGUGGUGAAAGCCUUGCCGCGGUUGGAGGCUAUGGAGAACUGCGUGGAGCUCAGGCAAGCAAUGCCACCCUGGCUGGUGGGACUAUCGCGUGGGACACAGGUGAUGUGAUGGGAGGCCAGUACCGAAUCUGUUGGUGCAGUCGAGAUUUCCAGUGUUCCUUGGCGGAGGAUUUCUCCGUCGACUCUGGGAGUUUAUUCAUGGUCGGCCCAGCUCCGCUCGGACAGCAUCGCACUUGUGUUGCUGGGUUCAGCUGUUCAGUGGAUGGUAUCACUGGCAUGGCCUUGAAUGCAGCAGACACUUACCUUUUGCGGGACAGCUGCCACAUAUCAGCUGCACCUCCCGAAGGGCUACCGGACGCGGGCCUGGCGAUGCGGACCGCAAGCGGGGCUGUGCAGUGGGGGGCGGCUGAGAAUCAUCUGACAGCACAGGGUGGGGUUUAUGCCCUGUGCUGGUGUGCAGCAGUUCUGGGGGCAUCCAACUCAUCCAACGCAUCAAUGUGCUCCCAGUCCUCUUCUUUUGUGCAGUUUGGUUCGCUGACAUUAAUCGGGCCUAGUCCGACAGAUCAAUCGAGAACUUGUUACAGCGGCCAGCAUUGUAUCCUCAGUGGUCUCGAUGGACUACAUGUUGCAGACACGAGUCAGGUGAGAAUACUCAGCAGCUGUGGAGGGGAGAAAAUCCCAGGAUGGCCUGAUGACUUCCAGCUGCUCUUGCCAUCCGAGAACUCAAGCGGCAGCAUGUCUGUUCACUGGGGCACAGUUUCAGCCGCUGGAGCAACCUACCGCCUCUGUUGGUGUUUCGACGAUUCCUGUGAUUCUCUGGGCUCUUGGAUUGAUUUCGGCACGCUGCAUCUGGCUGGUCCACAGCCUCUGCAGCAGCAUCGCACCUGUAUUACAGGACAGCUUUGUGGCUUAGCUGGCCUCACGGGCUACGCCCUUCCAGCUGCCAGCCAUGUGAUGGUCUUAGAAACCUGUGGUGCCGACACAAGGGGAUGGCGUGCUAGUGACGCAGUCGCGCUUCGGAAUGAUAGCAACAUCUCUUUCUCGCUGACACAGCCAGGAGGCAUAUACAGAAUGUGCUGGUGCUCCGCUGUGGACAGCCCCUGGUCAUCGAAUGCCAGCGCCACUUCCAGCGACUGCAGUCUGAGCAGUGAUUUCCGUGUUGACAUGGGAGAACUUCUGGUCAUCGGUGUGGCCCCGCUCGUGCAACAUCGCACAUGCAUCUCCGGACUGACCUGCUCGUUCCACGUCGAUGGACUCUGGCUUGCCACAGGAGAUGUAGUUUCCGUUUUCGACACUUGUGGCGCAGAGGCUUCCAAGUUCUCUGCAGAUCUGGUGGAUCUGUGGGGCAACAGCACCGGCAACAAGAGCUUGGACAGCAGGGCAGUCUCCGGGGCUACCCUGCGACCCGGCACGCUGCUGGCCUUGAGCGGUGGGCUGUACCGCUUGUGCUGGUGUCCAGGCUCCGUUCGCGAUUGCCUCGGCGGGCAGGAUUUCAAUGCAGAUUUUGGGGCACUUACCGUAAUUGGGCCAAGGCCGCUGAAGCAGAUGAGAACUUGUGUGGCGGGACAAGCGUGUGCGCUCGAUGGAAUCGAAGGGCAGGACUUGAGUCCAGAAUCCAGCUUCGCAGUUCUGGACACUUGUGGCACCGUCACCAGCGCACCAUUCCUGCCAAAUGUAAUCACGCACGACAGCAGCACUCUACCACUGAGCAGGUUUACGCUGCAAGACUUCUCAACGACACCGGUCAUUGCUGGUCAAUACAGUUUGUGCUGGUGCCCACGACCAGCCGCCAACACAUCCAUGGCUGACUUCAACCAAUCUACGCCGCCCUGCUUGCUUGAAGAUCACUCCGUGCCUGCAGGCAUCCUGCACAUCAUUGGGCCGUCUCCAUUGCAAGCCACUCGCACCUGCAUCAGUGGGCAAGCAUGUGCAAUUCACGGCUUGACGGGUGCCGGUGCCUAUCAUUUGACUCCCGGCGAUCAGCUUCUCUUGCUUGACACAUGUGGAGCUUCGGGAGCCUUGCUUCAGCGGUCAGUGAGGCAACCCAUGUCUGCACAGACGGCACUGGUUUUCAGCAGUGGGGUAAUCUUCUCCUGGCCCGAAAUGCAGUCAACUGCUGGUGGAAACUACCGAAUGUGUUGGUGUGCUGCUGGCUUUGCUUGCAGCACUGCUGAUCAUUUUCGCGUUGAUGUCGGGGAGCUGCUUAUCCUGGGUCCAACGCCGCUCCUGCAGGAUAGGACCUGCGUUAGCGGGCAUCGCUGCAAUGUAGAAGGUCUGCAAAUGUUUCCGGCUCCAAACCAAGGCAAUGCAUCUGUGAAUUCCUCGCUUCUCUCUGUCAUGGUAUUGGACACUUGCGGGACCUUCUCUCUACCAGCGCGGCUAGCACCAACGGGUGGUGCCGAUGGAAGCGACCUGCUUCUGAGUGAGCAUGUCAGUUCCGCAGGAGGCAUGCACAGGCUCUGCUGGUGCGGCAUGCCCCCAUGUGAGAAGGCUACUCACUUCAACGUCGAUGCUGGGCAUCUGCUGCUUCUAGGUCCGAGCCCAUUACAGCAGCAGAUGACCUGUGUCAGCGGCCAGAGUUGCGUCGUGCAACUCAGCUCCUCCACCAUGACGACAGUGGAGAUGUCCAUGCAUACAAGUGUGUAUCUAUAUGAUGUAUGCCCUGCUACCACACCGGUGAGCGCAGCUGCUCCAAUUGCAGGUCCGCUGCAGUCUGCUCCUGCAGUGCUAACAGCUGCAGGUGGAGUAUAUCGGAUGUGCUGGUGUAGCUCACUGGAUGGAACUACAUGUGCUCCCAGUGAUUACAUUGUGGAUGCCGGACAGCUGUUACUGAUCGGACCGUCGCCUCAUUCACAAACUCGAACUUGCAUUAGCGGCCUUGCUUGUCGGUUCCAUGACUUCGAUGGACUGUACCUGCAACCGGAGGAUCGCCUGCUGCUACUUGACACUUGUGGUCAGAACUCUUACAUCGGUGUAGCAGCCUUCCUCCAUCCUCCAGGAUCGCAGUCAAACGACACCAAUGCUACCGGACCUGUGAUAUCAGCUGUGUCAGCUGUGUCCUCUCUGCUGCACAUCACGGGGGCAGGCGGUGGGUACCGACUUUGUUGGUGCUCUUCCGGUUUUGAAUGCAAUCUGCCAGAAAACUUCCAGGUUGAUCUCGGGCAGCUGCACUUGCUGGCGCCCUCACUAUUUGGAAAGACUUGUUUGAGUGGACAAGUCUGCCAGCUUGAGGAGGUCUUCGAAGGCUUCAGCAGUGAUUCGAUGCUGGUGUUGGAGACAUGUGGACUUGCAAGUCCGGUUGAAGGCUUUGGAGACUCUGUUUGGAGCAGUGCAAACUCGGACAUGGUCAUUUCUGCGGCUGGGGGCAUUUAUCGAAUAUGUUGGUGUGCUGGCGGAAGCUUGGCCCCAAAUGCCCCGUGUCACAUUCCGGACUCUUUUGACACGGACCUGGGCUUUCUAAUGGUGAUCGGACCGUCCCCGUUGCAGUACCGGACCUGUGUCGCAGGCCAGGCCUGCAGGCUCAGCCCUCUGCUUGGCCAUUUCCCCCCUUUUUGGGGAGACUCCGAGGACUCCUCGGAGGGAGCGAUUGCCAUCCUUGAGACCUGCGCAGUGGCGAUCAGCCCAGGGCUUCGGGCGUUGAGCUCAGGCGGCUUCAAUGGAUCGCAGUCCCCGUUUGGAGGCGGAAAGCGCAGUGUCGUUGCCUGGGACACGGAGAAUGCUUAUAAUGCUUCGGAAGUGGCUCCGUGGCUCCAGGAAGGUGCUCUUUACAGGCUCUGCUGGUGCUUGGAUGGUUGCAGCCGUGUGGAGGACUACCGAACAGAUGUUGGUGGCCUGCUCGUGGUUGGCCCAAGUCCACUGCUUCAGCUUCGAACUUGCAUCAGUGGACACUCUUGUGCUUUCGAGGGUGUGACGGGACUAGGCCUUUCAUCUUCGUACUACAUCUCCCGAAUUCGGCUUUAUCAGGAUGGUGCGACAUCUCACGAUGUCCGCGUCUGGGAACUCUACCACUCGGAGUCUCCGAACGGUCCCUGGAUCAAGGCCUUCAAUGGAGCUGCAGCACCCGGUGUGGGUGAGCAGGAGUUUGGGGGCUGGUCGCCCUCAGCUAGCCCCUACUGGCGCUUGGUCGUGCUGCAGACCUACUCGGGCCAGGAGCCCCGACUACGUGAAGUCCAAUUUGUGGCUGAGGGCAAGAUCGUACGGCUAAGCUCCAGCCAGGUCGUCUCAGCCUCGGGACUUGUCCACUCUUCGGGAGGUGUCAGCUACCCUGCGAGCAAGCUGGUUGAUGGCAAGCUCGAAGACGACUCGCGUUGGAUUCCUGCCGGCCUGCCUGCAGCCUACAACAAGUGGGAGGUCGUGUUCGACGUCAGAGGUGGUGAUGCUUUCCUGGUGAUGGAAACCUGCGGCUCUGCUGCCCUAGUCGACGGCAUUCCUGGCGCAGGGUUUACAGAGGAAGUCACAUCAACAGGCGCCCGGGUGUCCUGGGGUGCUCUCACAGCGAUCACUGCACAGGGAGGCCGAUACCAACUUUGCUGGUGCGCGCGAGGCGGCGCCUGCUUGGAUCCAAUGGAGGAUUUCCGCCUGUCGAUCGGAAGUCUUUCCAUUGCGGGCCCGCACCUCAACGAAGCUACGUGUUCAAGUGGGCAGACAUGCACGAUAGAGGCGUUCAGGGGCCAGGAUCUUGUAGCAACGGACCUGCUCAUGAUCCUGGACACUUGUGGCAUAGAUGCAUCGAUGGGUGCGCUCAUGCGGAAGGUUUCCAGUCUCGGAACCAUUACAGUUGUGGAGUCCAGUGAUGCAUCCGCAGCGUUCAUGCGAACAACGCAGGCGUCCGUUGCAUUUGAUGGUGAACUUAUCUGGCCGGGUGGCAAGUAUCAGCUGUGUUGGUGCAGGCCUGUGUUAGCGUCAGGUGCGCAUUGCGAGUCACCUGCAGACUUUAAGACACCGGCUGGUAGCCUUCAUUUGUUUGGACCCUCUCCCAAUCGGCAGCAUCGAACGUGUGUCAGCGGACGCGCCUGCCCCGCACAAGCUGUUACAGGAUAUGGUGUGUUUGCUGACGAUCGAGUUUUGUUGUUGGAGUCUUGUGGAGUGCGCAGCGUCGUCGACCGCUUCUUUGCAGUGGACAGCUGGCAAUUGAGCCAGGCUUUGAGCAGCACAGUGAAUGAGACGUGGCUCUGGAAUGCGACGAUGCCGCCCGAACCAGAGACUCUAGAGACUCUAGAGAUGUUUGGUUGGGGAACCAUACCCAUCACCACUGCUGGGGGCAGGUACCGGAUGUGUUGGUGCUCGAGGCAUGCUCGAUGCUCAGAGCCUACCGAUUUCAGCUUGGAUUUCGGGGAACUUUUGGUGAUUGGUGCAGCUACCAGCCAUGGUUACACCUGCGUCUCUGGCCUUCCUUGUCAGAUAGACGGCCUUCAGGGAGAGAGCCUCGGUAUGAACCAGCAUCUUGCAGUCCUUGACACGUGCGGCGUUGGCAUGGACACGCUUGUCAUGACAGGGAUGUUUGACGGCUCCUCCUUUUCCUGGGGCUCCACGCCCAUCCUCCUUGCUGGUGGCACCUACCGCCUGUGUUGGUGCGCAUCCAGAGUCCCCGAGGAUUUCCCCAACUCCUCAAACUCAUCUGCUUCAAACACCUCUCUGGCCUCCUGUUCCGGCACUGGCGACUUCGCAUUGGAUGUAGGCAGCCUGAUGUUGCUUGGACCGUCGCCGCACUUUCAGCACUUGACUUGCACUUCAGGCCAGAAGUGCCAUGUUGACAUGCUCCAGGGAUUUGGUUUGACUGAGAUCGGCUAUGUGCGCGUGAUGGAGACGUGCGGCAUCCUUGCGGCAGGGGUGCAACGAAUGCCUGUGCAAGCCUCCGUCCUUCCCUCUACCGGCCGUUCCGCAAAAGCCAGCUGGGAUGCACCGACCUCCGCAGCUGGUGGUGCCUAUCGGCUUUGCUGGUACUCUGGCGCACGCAGCUUCAACCUUACCAACAUGACAGAUGAGCCCAGUGACCUUGCAUUCAAUGUGGACUUUGGCACUCUGAACCUUCUUGGUCCUGGACCUCUUCAGCAGGACAGGACGUGUGUGAGUGGACAGACUUGCAGGAUAGGUGGCGUUCAGGGUGCAGGAGCUGAGCUCGGCUCCUUCCUAGUGCAGGAUACGUGCGGGACUCUCGGCGUCCUGCCUCGCUUUACAAAUGCAGGCCUCAUGGACUCAGCAUCGGACGGGGAAGUUUCCUGGGGGGCAUCCAAAGUAACAGCAGCCGGGGGCUUGUAUCGCCUCUGUUGGGCAGCCUUCCAGUCAGAUAACUUCAGUCCAGCGAUGGAGUUCAACCGCACGUGGAACGGAAGCGACAACUUCACUCUUGUGCGGCUGGCAGACGCAGCAGAUAUCACCAAUGCGACCAACAACAUGACCAGAACCAUCAUACCGGACAGGAUAGUGGAUGUCGGCGAGUUCACCCUGAUUGGUCCUGCCCCCCUGGGUCAAGACUUCACUUGCAUUGCUGGCGACGCCUGUGACCUUCGCCCGAUCACAGGCUACCAUCUGCGUCCGAAUGAUGUCUUUGCGGUCCUCGAAACUUGCGGUGAGAUUUCCGCUGCCGCGGAAAGCACAACAACGGUGAGGUUUGAGAUUCCGAGUAGUGGUGUGUGGCGUGCACCUACAUUGCCUGCAGGUAUGUACCGGCUGUGCUGGUGUGCAGAGCUGGGUGCCGAAGCAUUUAAUGUCAGCGGACACAGCAACUUCAGCCGCAGUUCCUGCAUGCUGCAGCAGGAUUUCCAGGUGGAUAUGGGGCAUGUGUCUGUGCUGUCUCCAGAUCCCGCUGACCAGAAUUUGUCGGCUGAUGAUGUCUCCUUUGUUCCGAGCAACGACACUCAGGUACUGGUGGCCUCCAGCCCGUGGCCUGCACAGGCGCGCACUUGCAUCAGUGGACAGCCCUGCAGCUUUCUCCUGCUGGGCAUUCAGCCCUCUGAUCUCGUCCUGGCUCUCGACACGUGUGGACUGCCUUCUUUAAUUCCAAACUGGCCAGCUGGUGGCCUAAGCCUGCCUGUGCCCGGCACAGUCGGCGAGAAUGGAACAGUUCCUGCCAAUGGCAGCAGCAUUCCGAUCAGCCAGAGAUUGUCAUGGGGAGGCGAGCCCGUGACCGCGGUCGGAGGUGAGUACAGGCUAUGUUGGUGCAGCGCGAGCUCCAUGUCUUGCGACACCUUCGCCGACUUCGUUGUUGACUUGGGAAGCCUGCACCUCUUAGGGCCCCAUCCGCAUGCGAUGACUUGCGUCAGUGGUCGUGCCUGCCAGUCCUCCAUUCAAGGCCACAUGAUCUCGACCAACGACAGCAUCUGGGUGCUGGAGACAUGUGGAGUACAAGGACAAAAGUUUGAGUUCGCAAUGCAAAGCACGAUCUCGCAGCCUGAAGUCAGCACGAGCACGGUGCAGAUGGCGAUCUCGCGUCUGGUCGGCAUUGGGAAGCAUUACAAGCUCUGUUGGUGUGCCUCUGGCUGCCCAUGUGCAGACGGUCGCGACUUCAUUGUGGAAGCAGGUGAUCUUGUACUACAGGGCCCAUUCAAUCAGCAGGACAGGACUUGUAUCAGUGGCCGAACGUGUGUUGUCGAAGGCAUUCAGGGUCAAGACCUCUCUGACCUGGACCAUUAUCUGAUCCAAGACACAUGUGGUGCCGAUCAGGUUGUAGAGUCUUUGGUGAACAUGGGCUCGCAUGUUGAGGUGACGUCGAGCGGCGCUGUGGUUCAUUGGGGAGUAACGCCACACACAGUCGGCGGGGGCAUGUUCCAGCUUUGUUGGUGCACGAACCGGCCGAUCCACGGCAACAUCUCUGUUGAAAAUCUGUGCAGAACCUCAGUGUCCUUUGUGUCCACAGUCGGCAGUUUGUCUUUGCGUGGUCCCUCACCUCUUUCCCAAGACCGAACCUGCAUCAGUGGAAAGAGUUGCAAGGUCACCGGGCUGGAAGGGCAUCUCUUUGCUUUCGGUGAAGACCGAGUUAUGGUGCUGGACACGUGUGCAACAUUGGGGUCUGCCGGCUAUGCUGUGCAGGCACAUGUUGAACUCGGUGGUGUCUUGAAAUUCCAGCCAGAGGUGCUGCUAUACGGCGGGAUCUACCGCCUGUGUUGGUGUGGAAGGGUGUCAGGCAUUAUUGAUUCAGGGCCGAACGAAAGCUGGGCUACCACAGAGGAUGGCCUGAAUGUCAGCGGCUGCCAGUUGCCGGAGGAGUACCCAACAGACUUCGGCGAACUACAUGUCGUCGGGCCCAGACCUGCGGAGUCAGCUCUGACAUGUGUAGCCGGGCAAAUUUGCAAUGUGCGGCACACGGAUGGACACCUGUUAAGUUCGCAAAGUCCUGGCAGCGUGCUGAUUCUGGAUACUUGUGGAGUGCCAAUGCAAUCACCUACCGCGCGCAAUGUACUAACGAAUUUCACAGAGUCUCCGGCUGCGCAUACUCUUGUGAACAUUCCGGUUUACGGUGGAUUGUACAGACUCUGCUGGUGCCAUGUUGGCUGCUCUUCUGAGUCGGCUUAUGCGAUUGAUGUCGGACAAGUGUGGCUACUGGGACCCAGUGCAGCAGAUCAACAUCGCACGUGCGUCAGCGGCAGGAUGUGUCGUGUCCGAAACAUCUUGGGUGUCGGCCUUUCCAGUGCAGACAGAGCCAUGUUAAUGGACACCUGCGGAUCUCCGACAUAUGUUUCUGGGGUCGUCAGCGCGGGCAUGUCUAACAUGUUUGCAAACGCGACAUCGUUCGUCUGGAAAGUCGUCACGGCACAUGGUGGACAGUACAAGCUCUGCUGGUGCACGCAGAGUGAAGCAGUUGCUCUGGCAAGAUCCCCUGUCUCUCCAUCCUUUGUAACGGUUCCAAACUGCAGUGAUUCCAGUCGUUUCGGGCAAGAGUUUGGAAGGCUAUACCUACUUGGGCCAUCUCAUCCAGAUCAGUCCUUCACUUGCGUCAGUGGGCAGACCUGUCAGAUUAGGAGCCUCCACGAUCCACAUGCAUCCGUUCAAGAUUCUCUGCUUUUGCUAGAUACCUGUGGAUCUUCAGACGGUUACGUUCCAAGAUCUACCAUGCAGCCUGCAUCUACGACUCAGAGAGAUGGAGAACUCGUUUUCGAAUGGAAUGGUGUGCAAACUAUGCAAGGAGGCCAAUACAGACUGUGCUGGUGUACAACCAGGUCUGAAGAUGGUGUGAAUGCUUCUGCUCUACAUCUUUGUGAGCAGCCCGAACACUUCCUGGUAGACUAUGGGCAGCUGUACAUCGUGGGCCCUUCGCUGAAUCAAAUCCGAACUUGUGUGGCCGGUUGGCCAUGUCACCACAGAGGCAUCGCAGGCACGGACUUGCAGGCAGGAGAUAUGUAUCUCAUUUUGGACACUUGUGGAGCCGCCAGCCUGGUUCCUGAGUCGCCAAGCGGUUUCCUUGAAUCCUCCGGGAAUCAGGGUACUGAUGUCGCCUUCCUUUCACCCGUCUCAGCCAGUGGAGGAAGCUACAGAAUUUGUUGGUGUGGCCAUGGCUUUCCAUGCGGCUCAUUCAAAGAGUUCAGCGUGGACCUAGGUGAGAUGGUGCUGCAAGGUCCCAGCGCACCUGACCAGUCCUUCACAUGCAUCCGGGGACAACGCUGCAGAGUGUCUCACAUACAAGGUGUGUUGUCAACGAACGCUGAGUUCCUUAUUCUGGAGACAUGUGCCGUGACGGGAAGAGGGACUGCGACUAGCGCUUUGCCUGUCAACGGCUCCCAGGGAAGCUCAGUUUUGUGGGACAUGGAACUGACCGUGCCUGGCGGUGAGUACCGCUUAUGUUGGUGUGCAGACGGCGUGCCCAGGGAACGUGCUGUGGAAAAUCAGACCCUGACUCCAUCUGAGUGGGCGAUGCUUGCCAGCAAUGCCAGUUCUCCUUUCAAUGUCAGUUUCUUCAGCCGGAGUCCAUGCCCCCAGCCUUCACAGAGGGUAGAUGUCGGGAGCUUGCACCUCGUUGGCCCUUCGGCAGACCAGAGCUUCACGUGCAUCAGUGGCCAGCGUUGUGUGAUCGACUCCGUACUUGGGCUGGGCCUCAGCAGCAACGAUUCUUAUCUGCUCCUGGCUACUUGUGGCAUUCCCAGCAUUACCCAGCGAUUCACAGGAAGUGGACAUGCGGUUGAUAUUGCCACAGGUGGUACUACGGUUAGUUGGGGAGUGGUUCCCUUGACAGCUGCAGGGGGUGCGUAUCGACUGUGCUGGUGUGCACCAGAACCUCUUAAUGUAUCAGACCCCUGUGCAUCAGCCAUGGACUACACGGCAGAUGCAGGGACUUUGUUCGUCAUUGGUGCAUCACCUUUAAGCCAGGACAGAACCUGUGUAAGUGGAUGGCCUUGCGUCAUCGAAGGCAUAGGCGGCACAGGCCUCACCGAAAGGGAUGCACUAGCUGUGCUCGAAACUUGUGGCCAAGCGGAGGCUCCAGUGGUUUCCGAUGGCUCCGAAGCAAGACUGGCUGUGGCUCUUUCGCCUGUGCGAGGUCUUUGGCAGUGGAUGGAUGGUGAAAGUGUAGCCGUCGGCGGCAGCUACCGCUUGUGCUGGUGUUCGGGCGCAGGGAGAAAUUCCAGCUUUGAGUCGAACUCGUCUUGCGUACUACACACAGAUUUUCGUGUUGACAUCGGCGCGCUCACGGUACUGGGGCCAGCACCUUUGCAGCAGGCCUUCACAUGUGUCAGUGGGCAUUCCUGCAGCACAGAUGCAAUGACCGGUGUGGGGCUCAGCCAGGAUGCGAUAAUGAUUCUGGACACUUGUGGUUCAGAAGGGGAUGUGCAGUUGAACGUAGAGCUGAAAUUGGAUGCUGUCAGUAUCGCCAGGCUUACCAUGCAGGGCGGGCAAUACAACCUGUGUUGGUGCCCCCAAGCCCCACAAGGAGCCAAUGCUUCCAACGGGACAGAAAGUUUGGCAAGCCUGACAUGGAAUGCAACUGUGCAGCCCUGCCAGAACUCCAGAGAUUUCACAGUUGCUUUCGGUCAUAUGCAGAUCAUAGGCCCGCAUCCUAUGGCACAGGAUCGCACCUGCGUCAGCGGGCAGACAUGCCGAAUAGAAAGCAUGCAGGGCUUGCACCUAUCAGAAAGAGACAGCUGGUUCGUGUUGGAAACAUGCGGUAGCAUCACGCCUGUGGCCGGCUUUCCCAUGGUGGCUUCUGUCCAACAGUUCGAGGCGGACAACUUAACAAGCCCUUCCAGUAUGGUGGUUACAUGGCACACCAGCCUUACUAAUGCAGGUGGCACGUACCGCUUGUGUUGGUGUGGCUGGAGCGGUGAGAAUUCAAGCUUGAGCAGCUGCCUUUCAGAGCAGGUCGAUGCCGGCAAGCUGGAGGUGCUCGGACCGAAUGGUUUGGGUCACUGGGCUCCAACGCAACGGGGUCACUGUGGAAAGCGGCCACUGCAACCUGCUCCUCGGGCAGGGUCUGCAUACCUGAACCUCACCAUGGAUGCUUGCCGUGCCACAUGUGAUGCCCAAUACCCAGACACCUGCAUCGUUGCACUGUUUGCAGAUCGUGGUUCGGAUGUCGGCCUCUGCAGCAUUAUGCUGGAAUGCACGGUCCUGGCAGACUCCAGCGAGGACACGCUACUCCUUUUCCCUGACAAAGCGCGACCGGACAUCAAGCAGUCUCGGACCUGCGUCAGCGGCCAACCCUGCAUGAUCAAGGGCCUGCUUGGGCAUGGGUUGUUGGACACUGACAGCUACAUGCUCAUGGACACAUGCGGUCUGGCUGAUUCCUUGAUUGAAAGGGUCGGCGACACUAGUUUGACGGUCUCUGUGUUGGCUCCCAACAGCACCGUCCUUCCUGGAAGCCCCUUGAGUGCUGCUGGAGGCACAUACCGGCUUUGCUGGUGCAGUGGCCUUAGCACUUGCAGCGUGUCUGAGUCCUUCCGAACAGAUGCUGGGGGUCUUGUCCUCCUGGGUCCGACACCUCUUCAACAGCAUCGAACUUGUGUUGCAGGAAGGAGGUGCGUCGUGGAUGGUGUGCUUGGCCAAGACUUGGCUGAUGGAGACAAGCUCUGGAUUCUGGAUACGUGUGGCACGGCAUCAAAGGGUCCGAGUGGUUUCCUUUAUUCGGACUCUGCAAACUCGUGGCUCGCAGGCCCGGCACAGGCAAGUGGUGCCGUUUUCUCUUGGGAGGACCUGCCCGGCAGCCUUCCUGGUGGAGAGUACAGGUUGUGCUGGUGCAGUGUCACGCAAGCUUGUUCGAAUAGCCAUGAGUACAUCGUGGACAUAGGCACCAUCACUUUGCAGGGCCCAUGGUAUUCAGCAGCUUCGGUGCAGAAGCGAACCUGCGUGGCUGGCUUGUCAUGCAUCAUUGACGGUCUGGAAGGACAACUUCAUGGGCUCGCUAUGAUCUUGGACACAUGCGGCAGUGCCCAAGCAUUCCCAUCGAACUCUCCGGUGGCAGCGAGCGACUGCAGCGGACAGAUGCGGUGGGAAGUGCUGACUCUGCAGGGUGGAACUUAUCAACUCUGUUGGUGCACUUCCGACAACGAAGGUGCAAAUGAAAGUAACCGAUCCUCACAUUGCCGGUCUAGCUUGGACUUCUCAGUGCCUUUCGGAGCUCUUACAGUUCUGGGCCCAGAGGCCGGUCAAGCAUUCACCUGCAUAAGUGGGCAGGUCUGCAGAUUCGAUGGCAUCAAAGGCCAGGGCCUGGUUGCGGAGGACGUGUUCCUGGUGCUGGAGACAUGUGGGACAGCAUCUCCCGUUGGGUUUGGGCCUGGAUUAACAGUUCCGUCAUGGACGCCUGAGGGCAACCAGUCCUGGAUCUCGGCUGAUUGGAGCUGGGCACAGCAGAAUGAGAAUCUGUCCUUCAGCAGCAACGGAAGUGUGUCGUGCUCCGUCAUGCCCGGCACCAAGGGCUGCCGCACUACUGAGCCUGUCAUCGGUAUCACCUGGAGCCAAGCUGUGACUGCCCCGGCGGGAACGUACCAGCUGUGUUGGUGUUCGGCCGUGGAUGUGUACGCGUGCACGGCAGCUGAGAGGUUCGUUGUCCCGAGUGGCCAGGUCGUGCUGCGAGGUCCGCAUGCAUACCAAGAUCGCACAUGCGUUGCUGGCCAGACCUGUUCCUUAGACAGCAUUCGUGGAACCCAUCUACAUGCAGGUGAUGCCUUCAUGAUUCUCGAGACCUGUGGGACUUCGUUUCUGCCAGGAGGCAUUCCACUUCUAGGGGAAAUCUACCCAAAUGGUACUGACCCUGCGAGCUUGGAACAAGGAGCUUACAAUUAUUCGCUGCCUGAUUCGUACCGUGUCUCCUGGGGACCCACUCCCUUUACAAGCGGUGGAGGCGUGCACAGGCUGUGCUGGUGCCCGGCAGGCGACCACUGCGCAGAGGGCGGUGGACAGCACUUUGUGAUUGAUGUUGGAGCACUACAUGUAGUUGGACCCACUGCCAACUUCAACGAGUACGACAGAUGGCUGCGUGGCAGCUGUGCAGUUAGUCAGCAGAUUAGCCUUCAUGGCGAGGCUACCAAGGCGCAGUGCUUUGAGCUUGGCAGGUAUGCUCCUUCCACAGUAACUGCAGCUCAGUUCUACAGCUUCGGCAACUCCUCCAACUGUGCCCUUCUCCGGACGUGUGAAGAUUUUGUCUCUACAGACGGGUCGAACUCUGAGGUGCUAUUUCUCCAUUCCGAGGCGGCUCAAGAUCGAACUUGUGUGAGUGGCCUCUCAUGCAGCAUCGAGGGCAUCACGGGGCUGGGCUUGUCUGCGCAUGACUCCUUCAUGGUCUUGGACACCUGUGGGUCGACAUCGCUUGUGAGCGGUGUACCACAAAGCACAGUUGUGGCGACUGGCACUGCCGUGAUGACCAUCAACGGCACGAACAACACGGAUCGACGGCCUGCCAGUGAGCAGAGUUUGCGAGUCACGUGGAGUACCGUCACACCUGCGGGUGGAAGGUAUCGGUUGUGCUGGUGUGCAUCUGGCUUCUCCUGUCCUUCAGCAGACCAGCACCGAGUAGAUGUGGGCUCUAUUUCCUUCGUUGGGCCCUCGUUUGGGCAGGACCGCACUUGUGUGUCUGGGCAGACAUGCUUCAUCGACGGCUUGGAGCUGGAGUCAGCAACAAAUGCAGAUAGCUUCAUGGUUAUGGACACUUGUGCACUCCCGGAUGCGGUGGUACGUGGUUGGCCGGCUGCUGCGGUUGCCUCAAAAGUUGCGGCAAGCGGCACAUCUGCGUACUGGGGAGAUAGUGUUGUCCUUGGCACAGGUGGCAAGUUUCGAAUUUGCUGGUGUGGUGAUGGCGUUUGUAACUCGGUUCUGCGCUACAGUGUCGAUGUUGGCAGUUUGUCGCUGAUCGGCCCAGCUCCCUUGCAAUAUGCACGCACGUGCAUGAGUGGGAGGCUCUGCAGCUUCGACGGGAUCGCAGGUGAAGGGCUGCAGGUGGGCGACGCAUGGCAAGUAUCCAGCAGUUGUGGAGGCACUUCGGUGUUAUCCGGCCUGCCUCUCACUGGCUACACUCUCAGUGUUAGUUCUGGCAGCGUAAGUUGGGGUGGAAUCAGGAUGUCCAGUGCGGGCGGGCAGUAUAAGCUGUGUUGGUGUUCGGCCUCAUUCCCCUGUGCUCUGGAGGACUUCCGCCUGGAAGUGGGAACUUUGGAUGUAAUAGGCCCCUCUCCAUUGUCGCAGCACCGCACAUGCAUUAGCGGGACGACAUGCCUAAGCGUUGGCCUGACGGGCCACUUCAUGGAUUCGACGUCUUACUUUGCCAUUCUGGCAACAUGUGGCAUCGCCCAAGCAAGGAGCGUCAACAACGAAAUCGAGGUCGUUCGGUGGGGGCGCAGCAUGCUGACGGCACCAGGUGGCCAAUAUCGACUGUGCUGGUGCAUGCCGAGCCUGGAAGGCAUGUGGAAUUUUUCCAUCAAUACCACGGAGGACUGCAGGCAAUGGGAGCAGUUUCAGACAGAUGCCGGGACUCUUCAAGUCAUCGGUCCGGCCCCAUGGGACCAGCGCCAGACGUGCAUCAGUGGCCAGUCCUGCAAGGUGGAGGUGGGGGGUGUGACCGGAAUGCUGAGUUCCAGAGUGCUUCUCUUGGAAACUUGCGGGCUGGGUAUGCAGCUUCCGGGCACUUACUUCGGACCAGCGCAAGCUCUUGCUGGGCAGCAAAAUGUCUCUGACAUGGCCAUGUACAACACAGAGCCUCUAAGGCUCGCCGGAGGCACCUAUCGCCUUUGCUGGUGUGCUGGAUUGGACCCUUUCGAGAACAGCACCGAGGGUUGCUAUGACUCUGCGCACUUUCAAACAGACUUCGGCUCCAUUGAGAUCGUGGGGCCUCGGCCUUUGGCGCAACACCGCACUUGCGUGAGUGGGCUGACAUGCCAGAUCGAUGGCAUUCAAGGACGGAUGCAGGAUGGAUGGCUGGCUGGCCAGCCGGCUGGCUGGGUGGGUAGGUGGGUGGAUGGUCUUCAUCUCAACCAAGACCGCUUGCCGGACAUAUCCGGGCUUCGUCUAAAGCAGGAUGGAUCUGUUCUGUUUGAUAUUACGCGGGCCAAAGUUCAAGUGAGCUUUGCCACAUCUGUAGGGCCCUUUGUGGAUUUGAGUUUCUUCGAUCUGGAGACUGGGACGUCAGACUGGCAGGAAGUCUUCUUCAAUGAAACGACGGCUCCCUUCUUCAGGCUUUUGGUGCUUGAAACUACCUCCGGUUGGCAGCCGAAGCCUCGAGAAGUGCAGUGGCUGAGCCAGAUGGUCUGGGUGGAGCGCAUUCCGUCGGAUUGGGUGUUCUCUGCAUCCGGCGUCUCAUGGAAAACAUCUGGCUCCAACCCACAAACACUCGGCCCCGAUAAGCUCAUCGACCAGAACAGUGACCUGCUCACCUCUAGGUGGGAAAGUGUUGGCUUCCCUCGUUGGCACAACAUGUGGUGGGUGACCUUUGAUUUCCGUUCUGGCGACAGGGCACUCAUUCUGGACACUUGUGGGAGUGCUGGAGUAACAGCUAAGUUGCCAGAGGCAGGCAUGGUCAAGGGUGUGUCAGGCAGCGGGGCAACCAUAGUCUGGAACAGCGCGCCGAUCUCGGCUUCAGGGGGCUUGUACAAGAUUUGCUGGUGCGCCGCCUACCAGAACUGUGAUGCAGCAGAGCACUUUCGCAUUCCGAUCGGUGAGCUGAGACUGAUCGGUCCACACACCGGGCAGUCCAGGACCUGUGUCAGCGGCCGUGGCUGUCGAUUGGAGGGCUUGACUGGAAGCUUUGUCUCGCAGGACAGCAUGCUUGCUGUUCUGGAUACAUGCGCCGAAGUGGGAGUUUUGGCAGGUGGUGCCAGAAAGCCACGGCUUGCGGCUUCCAGUACACUGGGUUCGAGUGGCUCAGUGGCAGAUUUUGGGUUGCUGGUGGCAUCCGGCCUUUUCCGCCUGUGCUGGUGCCCGAUGGUUGGUUUGCAGGACAUCGGCAACGUGACGUAUUCCUUGGCCUCCAACCAUACCGGCAAUCAGUCAGUGGUGCUGGACUGCUUCCACCUUGAUGUUGGAGAACUUCAUGUGCUCGGACCAGUGCCGCUCGAUCACGGACAGACUUGUGUCAGUGGUAUGGAAUGCGUCUUAGAAGGCUUUGACGGCAAGGGGCUGGAAUCAGACCGUCUUUUCGUUAUGGAGACCUGUGGCCAGGAGUGGGUGCAAGGCACAGCAGCAGCCGCCCCUGUGCAGGCAAGUGGAGCCUUCGUCAGAGUUGCCUACCGGCCCCUCGAAUCAAUGGGUGGCCAGUAUCGUUUGUGUUGGUGUUCGGUCACAACACCAGGCAAUGACAGCUUCGUGUACACCAACACCACGCUGGAGAGCACGUUUGGAUGCAAUCCUGCCACUCGUGAUGCUUUCUUAACGGAUGUCGGGCUUCUGACUGUGCUCGGUCCGUCGCCUUUAGUACAGCAUUGGACUUGUGCUUCAGGUCAAACAUGCCAGAUCGACAAUGUCGCGGGGGUUGGCCUGUCGGAUUCUGACAAUAUCAUUGCCCUGCAAACUUGUGGACAUGCAGCACUCGUACCCCGAUUUCCGCUGUCCGGCCAAGCAGACACGUUCUGGACUCGUGGAUCUCAACCUGCAUGGACCGUCCCAGUCAGUGCGGCCGGUGGUACGUACAGGCUCUGCUGGAGUGCUGGGAUGUCGCAUGUGAAUGCUUCCGCGACGGCAAUCUCUCUAGACCAUGCUGUUGAUUUUGGCACGCUGUUUUUGCGUGGUCCGGCCCCACUCAACCAAGAAGUCACAUGUAUCUCGGGGCAGAGCUGCAGCAUAAAUGGCUUGACGGGUGUCGACUGGACAAAAUCCUCGGACAGGGUCGCGAUCCUCAACACCUGUGGUACAGCAUCGACUGUGCAGCGAUGGGGUGGUGGAGGCAUCUCUGCACUCUUCGCAGGCUUUGAUCGCAGUGCAUCCUUAUUCUGGGAUGAUGCCACCAUCUCUGCUGUGGGUGGCGAAUACAGACUCUGCUGGUGUGGCGAUUCUUCGACCAGGCUCAACGAGUCUGACAGCACAGCGUGGAACAACACAUCCUUCUGGCUCCACAACCAGUCCAACGUCUCAGGUGAUGGUGUUUGUGCCUACCCAGAAAACUACCGAGUGGACUUUGGAAGCUUUACCCUGCUUGGCCCUUCUGACACGGACAUUUCACGAACCUGUGUUGCCGGCCAAUCCUGCAAGAUUCUGGGCAUUCAUGGACUUGGACUGUCACUGUUUGACAGCAUGUUGGUGCUCGACACAUGCGCAGCCUCAAGCACACCUGCCGGCUUCAAUCCGGGCUCGAAUGAAACGCACAUGACGUUGAGCGUCAGCUCAAGCAACCUGGCAGCUGCGUCAGUCACAUGGUCGUUCCCUUUGCAGGUCUUGGGUGGUGAAUACAGACUUUGCUGGUGCGCAGCAAACGCUAUCUGCAGCAGGUCAGAGGACUUCCGUCUUGAUCUGGGUGCCCUCCAUGUUCUUGGACCGAGUCCUCACGCACAAGAUCGCACGUGCAUCAGUGGACAGACCUGCUUGUUGGAUGGCAUUGCGGGCUGGCUCAUGUCUGCAAGCGAUAGGGUGAUGAUCUUGGAAAGCUGUGGUGGAGAGAUGCUGUCACCUCCAACAGGCUUAGAGUCCUGGGACAUGGUGCAGCAUUCAGGUGGUGGGGUGGUAUGGGCCACUUUGACAAGCGACACCAACACGUCAUGGCGGGCGCUGUUCCUCAAUGUGCCAGCAGGCCAGUACAGACUGUGCUGGUGCUCCGGCAGUCUGAGCCAGGGAAGCCAGGGCAGAAGCUGUGCCGACAGCAGUUUGCCCGGCCUCGACUUCGGGGCCUUGAAUGUCCUCGCACCAAUCAGCUCUGUGGCCAGCACUUGUGUCAGUGGUCAGGCUUGUGUGGUGAAGAGCUUCCAGAUUGCAGAGUGGCAAAGCAGCUUUGCGGGCGGCGGCGGCCUCCUUCUGUCAGACACAUGCGGAAUGUCUGCUUCUCAGCAUUUCUUGUCGGAAGAAGCAGUGUCCAACCUGACCAUUGCAGUUUCUCGACGGGUGUCCAGCACGGGCAUCAGCACGUUGGGUGGCGGUACAUACCGUCUUUGCUGGUGCUCACCGGAAGCGACGCUGGGUUCCUGCGACGUGCCUGAACAUUUCCGUGUCGAGGUCGGGGCAUUGGACUUGCUGGGUCCAGCGCCUCUUCGGCAAGACCAGACAUGUGUUUUUGGAGUUACAUGCCCGAUCACCAUGUCACAAUUUGGUGGCUUGGAUUCCCAAAUUCUGAUCUUGGAGACUUGCGGCUUAGCGGUGCCAAGUGUCAUGCCCUUCACAGGGAACGCUUCGAGCACUUCACGAGGCAGUCAGCUUACGUUUGCUCCCUUGCGGGCGGGGCUCUUCCGGCUUUGCUGGUGCUCAAAAACCCUGCCUUGUGACUUUGAGGAAGACUUCCGGGUGGAUUUCGGACAGCUGUACCUUCGAGGCCCUGUACCGCUGGAGCAGCACAGGACAUGCAUUAGUGGACAUCGAUGCAUCGUGGAAAGGUUUGAAGGCCUUGGAAUAGAGAAUCUAGCUGCUCAGCUCAUGGUGCUGGAUACUUGCUCAGCGACUGGCUUGACAACAUCAGGUCUGCCGGUCAGGAGCUGGCCUCUGUCAGCCACAGUGCAAAGCCUCGCAGCCGCACCACUCCUGGCGCCCGCUGGACGCUACAGCUUGUGCUGGUGCGCAGCCGAGAGUGACACUGCAAAUCAGACUUGCCAGAACCUUCAGCAUUUUGGCAUGCGAAUUGGCCAGUUGAGCGUACUCGGGCCGCUGCCUUUGCAGCAAGACUUCACUUGCAUUGCUGGUGUGACCUGCGAUUUCAGCCACUUUCAGCACACGGCGAAGAUGGGGAGACUGCUGAUUCUAGAAACCUGUGGGACGGCCGGCCUUCCAAGCGCGAUGGGCCUGGGCCCCGGCAUCGAGCUAAGCCUUGCCUCGCAGAGGCAGGCCACGGCCACGUUGAUGGCAGCAGGGGGCCUCUACAGGAUUUGCUGGUGCGGUCUAUUGGAAACCAAUGCGUCCUCCUGUGAAGAUGGCUCGGAUUUCAAAGUAGACACCGGCACUUUGACCCUGGUCGGGCCAACCCUCGGUCAAGCUUGGACUUGCAUCAGCGGCAUGACGUGCCUUUUGGAUGACAUCGGCGGCAACCACUUGUCCAUCUAUGAUCAUUUCCUGGUCUUGCAUACCUGCGGGGUGCAAGAUGUUGCAAGCCGAUUUCCACACGAGGGCAGCGUUCUCCACAUCUCCGGACAAUGUGGAUGCACGUCCUCACUUUGCAGUGCCUAUCCACCCGGCACCAACGAGUCUCUUUGUGCGACCUGUGGCGAUUUUUGUCCCAUGGAUUUGAAGACACAUCCUGGCUGGUGCGGCUGUGGCACGCCCGACAUUGACUCUGACGGUGACGGAACACCGGACUGCCUUGACCAGUGCCCGCACAACCCGGGCAAGACCGGGAGAGGUAUCUGUGGCUGCGGCGCUCUCGAUUUGGACAGUGACGGCGACGGCGUGCCAGACUGCAACGACCAGUGCCCUGGGCCAGACUUUGUUGGGGGCACUUGUUGUACUGCAGCCGACUCGGACGCGGAUGGAGUACUUGACUGUUUGGACCAGUGCCCAAUGGAUGCCAGCAAAACCCUGGCAGGAAUCUGUGGAUGCCAUGUGUCAGAUGUAGACACCGACCUAGAUGGCGUGGCGGAUUGCCUGGAUUUGUGUCCCAACGAUCCCGGCAAGGCCUUCCCUGGCAUCUGCGGAUGCGGCAACUCUGAGGUCGAUGAGGAUGGCGACUCCGUUCCAGAUUGUAUCGACCUUUGUCCGAAGAGCGACGAUUUCGCUUUCCAAGGAGUCCGCGCCAGCUUCGGACAGGUGCCCGUCUCUGCUGCGGGAGGAAGCUAUCGCCUCUGCUGGUGCUACUCCACAGCGAACUGUGGUUCUCGUGCAGACUUUGUCGUAGAUGUUGGCUCCCUGCGGCUACUGGGUGUUGAAGAUAUACGCAGUAGGCGAACUUGCGUCAGCGGUCAAAGUUGCUUCAUUCGCCGGUUGAUUGAUACCAGCAGUUCCGUGAUUCCCCAUCAUCCUUAUGUGGCCAACUUCUCGGCAACCCCAAUGCUGAUUCUGGAGACGUGCGGGGUCUUUGCACCCGCAAGCAACUCAUCACGAGGCACCUCUGAGAUUCUUUCUCCCCAAGUAGCGUUGGAUGCGGGGCGCUCGAUAGGUUGGCUUGCUGGCCAAUUGACGUCAGCAGGUGGAUUCUAUCGACUUUGCUGGUGCGCAACACAUGGCAGCUGCAGCCUCAUGCCAGACUUUGAAACGGACGUCGGCGAACUGAUGCUGAUUGGGCCUUUCCCUUUGUCUCAACAGAUGACUUGUAUCGCUGGCCUGACUUGUCGAGUUGAAGGUGUGCAGGGGCUGGGCGUCCAGCAAACGGAUCUGAUUCGAGUCUUGGAUACGUGUGGGAUGACAAGUGAGGCCUUGAGUGCCCCCACGUUCAACACAAGCCUCGAGACUAAUUUGGAUGCUGUUAGUGCAGCUAACACACAGACCUUUGCAGGAGGCUCCUAUCGCCUUUGCUGGUGUGCAACAGGAUUUUCGUGCAGCCUCCACGGCGACUUCCAGGUGGACUUCGGGGUGUUCUCACAUGUGGGUCCAGCUCCACUCUUCGAGCAGGACCGGACAUGUGUGACGGGACAAGUCUGUGCCGUUGAACGCAUUGCAGGGCACCUUUUGUCGCCGGAUGACUCUUUCUGGAUUCUUGAGACUUGCGGGGUCCAAGCACCCUCAAGAUUGGCUGGGCAAGGGAGGGCAUCCUUUCAGAAUGCUUCCAUGCUCAUCAGCUGGGGGGAAUCUGCGCACACAUCAGUUGGUGGACAGUAUCGGCUUUGCUGGUGCUCAAGAUAUGCCGAGUGCGACGUGGCCCAGAAUUUUGGGGUCGAUGUAGGUGGCCUACUACUGAUCGGCCCAAUUCCACAGGACAGAACAUGCAUCAGUGGCCAGACAUGUUUCAUGAAAGCUUUGCCCGGUUAUCAUCUUCAGGCAGACGAUCGCUUUCUGGUUUUGGACACAUGCGGAACGCCUUCUCCGGUCUUGGGCUUCCCUGCGAUGCAAUCUCAACUUCUCUUGAACUCCACAGCGGUGGCAGGCUUCGUUGCAGGUAGCGUGCUGGAGUUUGUAACUUCUGCCGGCGGCACAUACCAGCUCUGCUGGUGUGCUGCAUCUACCUUCCCGUGCAAGCUGGCAGAAUCCUUCCGGGUCAGCGCCGGCUCAGUGACCCUCGUUGGCCCUAGCACAGAUAUGCAAUUUGGGGCUGCGAAGCUGCGCAUUUGUGUGUCCGGGACUGCUUGUUCCCUUCAAGGCCUUCCUGGGCAAAACUUGCAAGUUGACGACCGGCUCAUGCUUUUGGAAACAUGCGGCUUGCAAGGUCCCAGCCAGGGGACAGUCCCCAUGCCGAGCUUGCACGGGAAGAAUGGCACUGGCCCAGCUUUGCCAGUCAAUGUGACGGUUUAUUCUGCCUCUGGCGGGACAUAUCGACUGUGCUGGUGCAGUUCCGGUUAUGACUGCAAUAGCGCAUCGGAUUUUAGGGUGGACAUCGGCGAGCUCGACAUGGUUGGGCCUUCAAGCACGGUAUCGGAUUUCAGACGAAAGCCAGCUUAUUGCGAUCCCGCAAAUUCAUCUAUGCUGGCUUUCGCCGAUGUCUCGGAUAUCACUGCGUGUUGGUUGCGCUGUGCUUCUCAGGUCUCAAACACGACUGGACCCACAUGCACUGCUGCAGAGUACUCUAGGCAGUCCGGCUUCUGCACUCUUUGGAGCCAUUGCAGCAUUGUUGCGCGCUCGGCCGAGACCCUGGUUCUAUCGGCGCAAGAUGGGUGGAAGUCCGGACAGGACAGGACAUGCGUGGCAGGACAUCCCUGCACUGUGGACGACAUCGUGGGACAUUUCCUCACGGAGGGUGAUGCCUACGCGGUCCUAGAGAGUUGUGGAAGCCCGCUCGCUUGGAGUUACACAUCUCAGAAUGUCGUCGGGCAUGGUGGCUAUGCAAACCCGUGCCGCUGUGCUGAGUCCAUGAAUGACACAGAUGGUGAUGGUGUCAUUGACUGCACAGACGAGUGCCCACGAGAUCCACACAAAAGCGCAGUGGGAAAUUGCGGCUGUGGCCACGGAGACGAAGACAGCGAUGCGGAUGGAGUUCCCGACUGUCGCGACAGGUGUCCCCAUGAUCCCGCGAAGAGCUUGCCGGGCGUCUGUGGUUGUGCCACCAUGGAUGUGGAUUCAGAUGCAGACGGGACUCUUGAUUGUAGUGAUCAGUGUCCCAAUCUUCCUGACAACGCUGGCGGGGCUGCGGGCUGUCCCGCUGCGGCCGAAGACUUCGACAAUGAUGGCGUGCCGAAUUUCAUGGACGAGUGCCCACUCGAUUUCAACAAGACUUCAGCAGGUGUGUGUGGCUGUGGGGUGAAGGAUGAGGACGACGACAGUGAUGGAACUCCAAACUGCCUGGACCUGUGCCCAAGUGAUCCCUUCAAGGUGUUUCCAGCUGCUUGUGACUGUGGGACACCAGACCUGGACCAAGACGGGGACGGAACUCCUGACUGUCAUGACACUUGUCAAUCGUACGAUGCUGUUUUUGGGACAGUCUCGGUGGCAUUCGGCACAUUGCCAGCUGGAGAGUAUCGUCUGUGUUGGUGCUCCCGUGCAGUAAAAUCUUGCUCGGCCUCACAGGAAUUCAACGUGGAUCUCGGAGGGCUCACCAUAAUUGGCCCUCGCAGCCACGAGCGAACCUGUGUCAGCGGUUAUCCUCGUCGUUUUGGUGAUGUUGCCGGCUACGGCCUUGAUGAUGCCGACCGCAUUCUGGUCCUGGACACCUGCGGCACCUCCACAGGUCUUGUACCUCGCUGGUCAACUUCUGUUGCGCUGCCUCUUCUUUCCAGUGGAUCUGCUGCUGUAUUCUCUUCAAUCACAGCCGCCGGUGGUUUCUACCGCAUGUGCUGGUGCACCACCCGUCCUUGGCAAGACCAGGCAGUACCGGCUUGCGAACGCCCAAAUCACUUCACGGUAGAUGUAGGUGCGCUGAUCCUCAUUGGUCCGUCUCCUUUGCAUCAGGACUUUACAUGUGUUUCUGGACAGCCAUGCGGUCUGCACGGCCUAGGCGGACUCCUUCUGUCAUCCAGCGAUAUGGUCAUGAUCCACAACACCUGCGGAGGUACCAGCUUCGCAUCCCCGCUCUUUGCAUCAGUGGGGUGGGAUGGGCUGUUCUUCAAAUCCCUCGGUGCCACGUCCACCCGCAACGAUGUGCCGACCAACGCGACUAAUGUGCCCAUCUUGGAGGUGGCAGGUGGGCAGUACCGGCUCUGCUGGUGCUCAUCCUUGGCUGCAGGCAGCUCCCCGCCGUGUGUUUCUGCUGCAGAAUAUGUAGUUAACUUCGGCAAGCUGGACGUGAUCGGACCUUUCCCACUUCAACAGGAACGAACGUGUGUGAGCGGCCAGACGUGCGAAUUUCCAAUACAAGUAUGGGACGGUUCAGGGCAAGAUAGCCUGUUGUUGCUGGACACUUGUGGCGUGGACAGUUCUAUUCCCAAAGUACAGACCACCAGGGGACACUGUGGAAGGGCCUCAAUCGUCGGCACCGUGCCUUUGCAAGACUUCAUGGUUAUCGUGGAGACAUCCACUUCAAGCGCCUCCCAAUGCCGGGCGCUUUGCAAUGCACACGUCGAUGUGUUCAGCAACACAUCAUGUGUUGCUGCGAUGUUCAAAGACUCCCAAAGCAACGUCAGCAUCCCUGCAGACACCCGAAGUGUUGGGUCCUGCCAACUGUAUUCAAUAUGUUCACUCGUGUCUGAUGAAGCUUCGGACUAUGUCGUGCUGACGCUUCAAAACACAGGCAUGUCGCAAAACUUGCCUUUGCCUUCGCUGCUUCAGUUCGGAAACACAUCACUUCCCAGUUCCGGCAGCCAAACGGCCAUGGUUGCUUGGGGCGAGCUCGUGCUGACUACUGCAGGUGGUACUUUCCGAAUGUGCUGGUGCGCCGGCGGCCAAAUGUGUUCGACUCCGUCAGAAUUUGGUGUCGACAUCGGUCCUUUCACUCUCGUUGGUCCGCUGCCCCUUGGCACUAGCCGCACCUGCUCCGACGGAACCACAUGUGUCGUGGAUGGGCUUUCAGGUGUAGGGCUGUCGGAUGGAGAUCGGCUGCUUGUGCAGGACACCUGUGGCUCCACGGUCUGGGGCGGACAGCUGCAGUUCUUGCCAGUCAACACCACGGACAUGAGCCGAACUGCUGUUUCAUUCAGCAACGGCAGCUCACAAGUCCUCGCCUUGACGGGUGGGCAGUACAGGCUAUGCUGGUGCGCUGCCGACUUCCUCUGCACUUCAGGUGUCGAUGUUGGCGAGCUGGUCGUGCGAGGCUUGCGGGUGCACGAUAGUCUGCUCGUGUUAGAGACAUGUUCAGAGCCUGGCGAGAUGCUUCCUGUUAUACCGAAGUUCCCUCAUGCGGGUCAGCUGGUAGCAGCUACAGAUAUAGCAGAAGCUUCUUGGAAGUCAUCUCUCAUCGUGUCGGCUGCUGGCGGUGGCUACCGCCUUUGCUGGUGUGCAGCCUUUGACUGCAUGUCAGAGGGUUCCCAAGCGCACUUCGUCGAUGCCGGCACUCUGCAUCUGCUUGGACCCAGCCUCCUUGGAGUUGCGAAAACCUGUGUUUCGGGUCGAGCUUGUGUUAUCCGAUACACUGGCAAUGACCUCUUCCAGGCUGCGCAUGGCUUCAGUCUGGGAGAUAUUCUAUGGGUGUUGGAUACAUGCGGCGAAGCAUCCCCUGUUGCCGGCUUUGGUUCUGGACGUGCAAUCGAUGUUUCGGCAUCUGGCGCACUCUUCUCCUGGGGAACCGAGAUAAUUUCAUCUGCUGCUGGCAGCUUCCGUCUGUGCUGGUGCGCCGCAGGCUUGGCUUGUGCUGCGGGCGAGAGCUUUCAAGUUGAUGUGGGGACACUUCUGGUCCUUGGCCCUCCCUCACUUGCCUUAGAUCGAACCUGUGUCAGUGGUCUGACAUGCUCAUUCUCGUUGGAGCCAGACUUCGAAGCGAACGGGCAGAUCAUGCUGCUGAGCACCUGCGGAGCUGCCGAGCUCGCCGAUGAGGGUCUGCCUUUGCAUCCGGCCUUCGCCGGCCUGCCAGGAGAUGAGAUCAAUCGUACGAACGAGUCAAGCGAUUACGAGGUCAUUCACUGGGGCAUGCAAGACUUCACAGGUGCUGGCGGCCAGUUCCGGCUCUGCUGGUGUGGUGCUGCGGACUGCGGCGUGCUUGACAGUUUCUCAGUCGACAUGGGCUCAUUCUCCUUGAUCGGGCCUGCUCCGCUGGCUCAGCGCCGAACCUGUGUGAGCGGGCACUCCUGUGCCAUGGAGGGCUUACAAGGUGUGCACCUGUCGUCUGCUGACCAUCUCAUGCUGCUGGAGACCUGUGCGGUCAACGCAGAUUCGAUCGGCCUGUUUUUGCCUGAGUCCAACUCAAGCGGCUCUGGAAAGUGGGUCAUGGAGAAGGAAUCCUUUUCAUCCUUCGCCGGCGGUCAGUACCGCAUCUGCUGGUGUUCAUCCAUGGCGAUGUGCUCCACGGCAACGGAUUUCAAAGUCGAUGCCGGAAAUCUACUUGUCAUUGGGCCAGCGCCAUUGAACCAGGAGAGGACAUGUCGAAGUGGAGAGCGCUGCACUUCGCUUCACGUCCACGGGCAAGAACUUUCGGAGAACGAUACCCUUCAAGUUCUCGACACCUGCGGUGCCCCUAUGCUUUCUGCAGGGUGGCCGAAUUCCAACGUGGGAAUUUCUGCAGUGAGCCCUUCAACGCUUCUGCUCAGAUUCCAAGAGCCAAUUCUGGCCGCAGCCGGAACAUACCGUCUCUGCUGGUGCCAACCGUUACCGCAUGAUUUUGCAGGAACGUCCUGCACCCUGCACUCCCAGAGCCUCGUCGACUUUGGUCAGGUGAGGCUCAUGGGACCAGCCUUGUUGCAGCAGCGCACCUGCGUAGCCGGCCAGCGCUGUGUCCUGGAAGAUCUGAACCUGGGCGCAGGCGCGACAGCGACACCACAGGACACCGUGAUGGUUCUCGAUACUUGCGCUCACAUCACACCGAUUCCUGGCUGGCCCGAGGCUGGAGUUUUCUCCAGUCUUGAGGCAAGUGGUGCCAGAGUGAGCUAUGGCGCCGUCAGCAUCACAGCAGCAGCGGGGUACUACCGACUCUGUUGGUGUGCAGCUGGUCGGCAGUGCAGACAAGGCGAGGAGUUUGUGACGAUCGGCGAGGUGGCCCUGCUCGGCCCGGCGCCUCUCAGCCAAGACAGGACAUGCCUAAGCGGACAGAUGUGCGACCUUGGGAGUGUCCAUGGCUUAGGGCUUGAUCCGUAUAAGCUGUCCCACGUGUCAAGCCUCCAAUUUUUGCAAGAUGCCACCACAGGCCAGCAUGAUGUGAGAGACUACUUUGUGGAAGCUUCUUACGAUUUUGAUGAGUCCAAUGCAGCUGGGGCCACGUGGACGACGAUAGCAACAUGUGCUGCAGCACAAGACGGCUCUUGGCAAAGCUGCGACUGGCCGACAUCAAUCUCGGCACCGUUCUGGCGUUGGCGCAUCACUCAGACCUGGGGACUGAGCUCAGACCCCCCGAAGCCGCGUGAGCUUCGCUUCCUUAGUUCUGCAGGGCCCAGCGCAGCCCUUCAUAAGAGUUUCACGCAGUGGGCCUCGGACUUCUCCCCGGCGUGGAUAGUGUCAUCGACUGCAACUGGUACUCCGCACCAAGACUUGUCGAACCCCUCGAAUCCAAUAACCUACGGACCAGAGAAUCUUAUGGAUGGCGAUGCUGGUGACAACUCGCGUUGGUGGCCCACCGGAGCAAGCACAGAGUGGUCUGUUGUCUUUGACCUACGCCAGAGUGACAGUUUGGCCAUACUGGAUACAUGUGGUGUUGCUUCGGCUCAUCACCUUGGCUUUGUGACAGCGCUGGCAAGCCCAGCGUCGUACCCAACGUAUGGAAGCACGCUCUUGACAAUCGCUGGAGGCUUGUACAGACUAUGCUGGUGCAGCCGUGGUUUCAACUGCGACUUGCCCAACGCUUUUUCUGUUGAUGUUGGUGCUGUGUGGCUGCUGGGUCCGGAGCCUUUGACGCAACACCGAACUUGUGUCUCCGGGCAGAGCUGUGUCAUCGAAGACAUCAGCGUGCAGGAGGCUUCAGGAGUACUGCAACUUCUGGAUACUUGUGGUCAGGGCUUUACCUACUCGCAGUUGCACGGAUGGUCGGGCAGCUUUGUGCAAUGGAAUGAGACCGGCACUGUUCUCCCAAGACUUGUCCUGGACGCAGGAUUUCUGACAACAGCAGGUGGAGCGUUCAGGUUGUGUUGGUGCGCAUCACUUGCCACAUGUGCUCAUCCGGAAGACAUGCGUGUGGACGUUGGUUCCUUCACGGUUGUAGGCGUAAGCCCACUCACACAGGAUCGCACCUGCGUCAGUGGUCAAACAUGCUCCUUUGAUGGAAUCACCGGCCGCUACUUGAAGUCAUCCGAUCAGUUGCUGAUACUUGAUACUUGUGGCCAGCAGGUGCCCUCCGAAUUCCUUCCGAGCAUCAGUCUUGCAGUUGCAAUCUCGGACCCCUUGGCAACUGGGGCUGAUAAGACCCUUCGAGCAACCACUGCACCAAGUCUUGUCAUUGGCCAAGGAGGAGAGUACAGGAUUUGUUGGUGUGGUGGUGGGUUCAAGUGCACUUCCACGCAGGACUUCCGGACGGAUGUAGGGCACUUCAACAUCGUUGGGCCAUAUCAGCUGCAAUCUCGGACCUGUGUGAGCGGACAGCUAUGCAGCCUCGGAGGGAUUCAGGGUCAUCUUCUGUCGCCCUCGGAUGGUCUGCUUGUGCUCGACACUUGUGGAGUGCAGGUGUCGGUGCCUCGCCUACCCAACUCAGGGCGCAUGGAGGUGUCACUGACAUGCCAAUGCGCCGCGGCAACGGGCGACUCCGACCUCGAUGGCAUUCCAGACUGUUUGGACGAGUGUCCUCUCGAUGCCAACAGAACGACGGCUGGUGUCUGUGGAUGUGGCGUUGAUGAUGUCGACUCCGACCUCGAUGGCGUGCCUGACUGCCUUGAUCACUGUCCAGAAGAUCCAAGCAAGUCCAAAUCAGCUGGGCUCUGCGGAUGCAACGUGCCAGAAACAGACUCAGACAUGGAUGGUCUUCCGGACUGCCAGGAUUUGUGCCCACUUGACGUGAAUAAGCAAAGACCCGGCAUAUGCAUUGGGCCGGAGUGGUUGGCCAUGGAGAGCAUGGCAACACACCAGUCCUCAACUCAGUUGAGCAAAAUGUCCCAUCUGGCCGUUGAUGCGGCCACGAGCGCGAAUUUCCAUCACGGCAGCUGCACCCUCACAACUGCAGAAAGCAACGCAUGGUGGUAUGUUGACCUGGGAUUUGGAUUUGACGUGAAGGGGGCCGAGAGGGCCGAGGGCUGGGCCAAGGCCUCAGGAGACCGAACGAAACAUAAGCCAAGGUGCGUCAGCUCAGGCGCCUUGACAUUCAGCGAUGGGGUGUGGUGCGCAAACAUCACUCAGCAGCCUGCCCUUCCAGCACUGGGUCAAGAUGCUCCGGUUAUCGACGUAUCUUGCCAGGCUCAGGGUCAGCUGAUCUGGUUGGUCCUGUCUGGCGCCGAGCUCUCCCUCUGUGAUGUCAAGGUUUUUGCAGAACCGGCAGUCAGCCUUUCCUCAGCUUUCCCGGGAAUCAGCGGCACACACUACGAGUCGACGAGCAACUGCUUGGCCACCGGCCUAGGCAGUGCCUGUGGCUGUGGGCUCCUGGACACAGACACAGAUGGUGACGGCGCCCCCGACUGCAUCGACCAGUGCCCCAAUGAUCUGCUGAAGUCACUUCUUGGCACCUGUGGUUGUGGUGAAGCUGAGGAUGACAGUGAUGGUGAUGGCACGAAGGACUGUGUUGACCAAUGCCCCUUAGAUCCUUUGAAGACCAGAGCCGGCAUUUGUGGGUGCGGUGUCCCUGAGACGGACGACGAUUCGGAUGGAACCCCGAACUGCAACGACAACUGCCAUGGGCUGCAAGACUCCCUCGGUCCAGCCUCCUGUGGCUUCAUAGCCGGAUUGGAUUCCGACAAUGACGGCACCCUGGACUUCCAAGAUUUCUGCCCCUACGAUCCAUCGAAAACAAGUCCUGGACAGUGUGGUUGCCAAAUUGUCGAUGCUGAUGGGAGUCCGACAGCCACCAUUACGAUCAACACAGGGCUUACAGAGCUGGAUUCGGAUGCAGAUGGUGUUGCCGACUGCCUGGAUCAGUGCCCCAACGAUGCCACGAAGACUGUCCUGGGAGCUUGUGGGUGCGGGCUGCCGGACACGGACACGGACCUGGAUGGUGUGCCUGACUGCAUCGACCAAUGCCCAAAUGAUGCCAAUAAGAUCUUCCUAGGGAUCUGCGGCUGCGGCCUUCCUGAUGUGGACUCAGACAGUGACGGAAUGCCAGAUUGUUUAGAUCGGUGUCCCAACAAUGCGAAUGUCACUGCUCUCAGUGCUUGUGGUUGUGAUGACACAGACAGCGAUGGUGAUGGCGUGUGCGAUUGUAUUGAUUUGUGCCCCCAGGAUGCUCAAAAGACCUCGGCAGGUCAGUGCGGUUGCAAUGUGGCAGAUACAGACAGUGACGGAGAUGGUGUUCCAGACUGCUACGAUUCCUGCCCUGGUGCUCCCGAUGUGGCUCGCGAUGGCCUCAAUCCCAGGUUCGGCGGUUUCGUGACCGCAGCAGGCGGUACCUACAGCUUGUGCUGGUGCUCAGCCAGUUUCGAUUGUUCCACGCAAGAUGCGUUUGUGAUCGAUGUUGGCUCUCUCACAAUCACGGGGCCUUCCCCAUUGACACAGCAUCGCACGUGUGUUGCAGGCCAGGCGUGCCGUGUCGAUAGCUUGGAAGGCACCCAUCUCAACCCUCAGGAUCAAGUUGCUGUGCUAGCCACUUGCGGCUCGCUCACAGAGGUUCGAGGCAUGCCGAACAGUGGUCGUUUCACUUCGAACCUGACCGUGCAAGGAUUCGGCUUUGAGGAUGUCAGACUUACUGGCCAAGGCGGAGAGUAUCGUUUGUGCUGGUGCGCUCACGGCCAGGCAUGCACAAGGGCAGAGCAAUUCCGCGUCGAUCUCGGGCAAUUCCAGGUGGUGGGCCCAUCGCCGUUGGAACAGAGCUGGACUUGCAUCAAUGGCCAGACGUGCACUUUGGAUUCCUUGACCGGAAUGAACUUGGCGGAAUAUGAUCGAGUGGUUGUUAUGGAGACCUGCAUGGUGAAUCAGGUAGGUCGCUACCCGUGGACAGUGCUGCCUUUGGCAACCUCUGCUAGUGGGACCUCUUACCAAUUUUCACCGGAGCUUCUCACAGCAGGUCAGUACCGCCUGUGCUGGUGUUCAACGGGAAUGAGCUGCAGCACCUUCGAGGACUUUGCCAUUGAUGUCGGAAGUCUGAACUUGGUAGGACCAUCGCCGCUGCAGCAAGACAGAACAUGCGUUGCUGGACAGACCUGCAACUUUGAAGGCUUUUCCUCUUUCGGAAGCUCCGGCAUGGGCACGAUCUGGAUUCUCAGUACCUGCGGUGAGGGAGAUCAGCUGGAGAGGCUGCCGCAAGCGGGGCAACUUCAUGGCCGGGCCCCGAGACCGUCUUGGGGCUGCAGCGCAGCUGCUCUGGACACUGACGAGGAUGGCUAUCCCGACUAUUUGGACUCAUGCCCUCUUGAACCUGUACAGAGUCAGCCGGGUCAGUGUGGCUGUGGCAUCUUGGACACAGACUCUGAUUCCGAUGGUGUCCCAGAUUGUUUCGACGCCUGCCCAAGUGAUCCCCUCAAGUCUUCUCCGGGUAUUUGCGGCUGUGGCACAAGCGAGGUGGAUUCGGACUCUGAUGGUGUGCCUGAUUGCACAGACAGCUGCCCGUUGGAUGCAGGCAAAGUAGCUCCUGGCAUUUGCGGAUGUGGGCUUGCAGACAUCGAUGACACCGACGGAGAUGGCGUGCCGGACUGUGUCGAUGACUGCCCAGGGUUCCCUGAUCAGACUCCGCCUGUCUGUGGAUGCACGGCUGCGAGUGCUGACAGUGACGGCGAUGGCACGAACAACUGCUUCGACGGCUGCCCUUCUGAUCCUGGAAAGGUUGCGCCAGGCACCUGUGGCUGUGGCGUGGCAGAUACAGAUUCUGAUGGUGACGGGACUCCCGACUGCAGCGACGGCUGUCCAUCAGAUGGGACAAAGACUACUCCAGGUCAGUGCGGCUGUGGAGUUGCGGACACCGACAGCGACUCCGAUUCCACUGCAGACUGCAACGACCUAUGCCCGAGCGACAGCAGCAAAGUAGUUCCCGGCCAAUGUGGAUGCGGUGUGUCGGACACCGACUCCGACAACGACGGAGUUCCGGACUGCUAUGACCGGUGCUCUGGCUUGCCUGACUACCGCCCCCCAGAGCCAUUGUCGGUGUACACGUUUGGCAGUGCCCCCAUAUCCAGCGCCGGAGGACUUUAUCGAUUGUGUUGGUGUUCACCGGAUGCACAGUGUCACUCCAAAGAUGACUUCACAGUUGAUGUCGGCGCUCUGACUGUGAUAGGUCCCAGUCUCCAUCAGCAGCGGACAUGCUUGAGCGGUCGAAGGUGCCGCAUUGGCGGCAUGGAUGGGGUCCUGCUAUCAGGAGAUGAUCAAGUCUUGGUCUUGGACACGUGUUCUCUCUUGCCAGAUCUCGACGCCAACGUUUCGACGUCUCCUCGCCUGGAAUCACAAUUGAGCAGGUACAACGGCUCAGAUCUGGCUGCCUUCGCUUCGACCGGCGCAUUACAGCUAGCAGGGGGCACGUAUCGGCUUUGCUGGUGUGCACAAGGUUUCACUUGUUCCAGCUUGGCUGACUUCAAUGUUGACUUUGGCAGCAUCCUGGUCAUUGGCCCAAAGAUGUUGCGCGAGCAACAUGCAACAUGCUUCACCGGGCAAACCUGCAGCUUGUAUGAGAUGGUUGGCAACUACUUUGGCGAUGGAGAUGGAAUCAUGUUGCUGGAAACAUGUGGACUUGCCGACAGCAUGGACAGUCCCAGCCUCACAAGCUUCCAGACAUUCCUUGAUGUGCCGAGCGGCAUGAGUACGUUUGCGGAAGGUUCAUCAACCCUGUCAGCAAUUUCGACAAGCACCAGCUCGGCUGGUGGCAUCUAUCGCCUUUGUUGGUGUGCAAACGUUACAGUGGAAGCUACGCCUGCAGAGUGUGGUGCCGACGUAGGCUCACUCUACCUUCUUGGGCCCAGGCCGCUGCAGCAGGAUCGGACUUGCAUCGCAGGCCUAUCAUGUGUAAUCAAUGGCAUCACGGGGAUUGGGCUCUCAACUGAUGAUCGCCUGCUGGUGCUGAACACUUGCAACCUGGGACUCGCACAGAAACACGCCGAAACGGAGUUUUUCACAUCAGCAUCAGGCGGAUGGCAGGCUGGACUCGAAGGCUCCACAUUUGCAAUAGCGACUGAUGUCACUAGACCCAGUGGUGGCAGUUACAGGCUCUGUUGGUGUGCUAUGCCAUGCACCAUGCUCGCACAUUACUCGGUGGACAUGGGGCAGUUGACCAUCCAAGGUCCCCGGGCUUUGAGGGAACAGCACCGAACCUGUGUUGCAGGGCAGCCUUGCAACCCCAGCCCCAUUGAAGGCUGGUUUUUGAGUGCUGGAGACCGCUACCUUCUUUUAGACACCUGUGGAGAAAAUGGCGUGCUUCCUGGUGUUCCAGAUGCUGGUGGUUUCGCCACUUCCGCGGUUACCGUCCCGGGAGGGGUCGGUUCCGCACUAUCCUUUGUGAGCCUGUCUCUUUCGGCCCUGUCUACAGCCGGGGGCCUCUAUCGGAUUUGCUGGUGUGCAGACAUGGCAUCCUGCGAUGAGACCUCAAGCUUUGACGUAGACGUCGGGAAGAUGCAGGUCCUGGGGCCAAGGCCGCUCCACCAAGACCGGACGUGUGUGUCGGGACAACCCUGUCUGCUCAAUGCUCUCUCCGGAAUUGCGCUCAGCACAGCAGAUCGGUACUACAUUCUAGAUACAUGCGGGUCAUCUUCAGCCCCGCCAAGAUUUGCCGGUGCAGGGGUGGACGAUGUCAACUCCUCAUCUCCCUUGAGCGAGUCCACUGUGUCGUGGGGGCAAGCAUCCGUGACUGCACCCGGAGGUUCCUAUCGGAUCUGCUGGUGUGCAGCAGGCCAAGUCUGCAGUGCAGCUGAAGACUUUGUGAUUGAUAUGGGUCGUCUUACACUCGUUGGACCGGAACCUCUCACUAGCGGAGCCACAUGUGUUGCUGGUCAGACUUGCGUAAUCAAGGGCAUUUCGGGCAACUACCUGAGCACAGCAGAUGCAGGGGUCUUGUUGGACACCUGCGGGCUGCCCGCAAAGGCACCAGGCUUGAGCACGGGCAUCUCCUUGACCUCCGAUGGGACGAGCCUCCGUUUGGAAGGAAGUGGCCCGCAAGGCAUCCCGGUCACUGCCCCUGGUGGGGAGUAUCGCAUUUGCUGGUGCGCUGGUGGUUUCAACUGCUUGCUGGCCGAGAACUUCAUCUCGGACAUCGGUCAGCUGACUCUGAUUGGGCCUAGCCCGCUGGAUCAGGACCGCACUUGUGUGGCAGGUUAUGAGUGCAAGAUAAAUGUCGCGGGCAUUCGUCUCAGUGCCUCAGACGCCGUCAUGGUUCUUGACACCUGCGGAACGUCAGAGGACUUGGGUGUGGUCAUCCCGCGAUUUCCAUUGACAUCGCCGCUCAUUGCCGAGGAAGCAUCGCUUGCCACAACAUCCAUCUCUGUCGAAUGGAACAUUACCGUGACAUCAUUUGGUGGAGAAUUCCGACUCUGCUGGUGCACCGGAAGCCCAUGCGAACUGGCGAAGCACUUUGCUGUGGAUCUGGGGCGACUCCAUCUACUGGGACCGGCCAUUGCGCUUGAGCAGGACAGAACAUGCAUAGCCGGACAGACUUGCAGCAUUGACGGCUUCACAGGUGCUUUCCAGCCAAGCGACAGAUUGAUGGUUUUGGACACCUGUGGUGCUUCAGACUGGCCCGCAGGCUUGCCCAGUGACGGGAGCCUGUCUGUAAGUUCCAGUGAUGGCAAAGCCUCAUUUGGAAGCGUCACGCUGUCUGCGCAAGGUGGAGAGUACCGGCUUUGUUGGUGUGCAGGGAGCUGUGAAGUUCCUGGCAUUGACAUCGGUCGGCUGAGUAUAUUCGGACCCCGGCCGUUGCAGCAGGACCGAACCUGCGUCGCAGGACAGGAGUGUUUUGCUGAUGGCUUGCUUGGGCACGGCUUAAGCUCGUCAGACCGAUGGGCAAUACUGAACACGUGUGGUGCAUCCAUCGUAGAUGGCCUCGUCAAUGCUGGUGCAAUAACAUCCGUGACAAGUAGCGGCACUGCAAUUUCUUUUGGUGCGAUGGUCGCCACGGCUGGGGGUGGCUCCUACCGGCUUUGCUGGUGUGCUGCUGGAGCCACAUGCAAUACUGCAAAGCAUUACGGGAUAGACGUUGGUGGUUUGAUGCUUAUCGGGCCAGUCUCUGAAUCCGCUGCAUCCAUCAGGACGUGCUUCAGUGGUCAGACAUGUAGCAUGUCGACACCUUUCGGCACUAUGCUGUCUGGAGCAGACUCUUACAUGAUCCUAGAAACUUGUGGCGUCUCUGGCCUCAUUGAGGGUUUGCCGGAUGCCGGCUUUCUUACGCUUGCUGCUGUUGACAACUCCACUUGUGUCGGGGGGGAGUGCGAACUGCACUUUGGCACAACGCUCGUCACAGCUCCUGGUGGCCAAUAUCGCUUGUGCUGGUGUGCAGCUGAACAUGAUUGCAGCAGAAAAGAAGACUUUAGAGUCACCGUAGGUCAGCUCGAACUUAUAGGCCCACACAGGCUCACUACCGGGAGAACAUGCAUCGCUGGACAAACCUGCGUGGUAGACGAGAUUUCGGGCAACGGCCUCGUGGGAUUGGACUCUCUGGCACUUCUGGACACCUGCGGAAUCCGCGAUCUCGUGGCAAACACCCCUGCGAUACACCGCAGUUCCGGUGCAUCCUAUGUGUUCACUUCACCGAUCACUGCUGUCGGAGGCACCUACCAGCUCUGCUGGGCUUCGGCUUCUGCUGUUUCCAGCGACAGUUCAAGCUACAGCGUCACUCUGGGCAGUAUGACUCUCAUUGGUCCGGUGCCACAGUCGCAGGAUAGGACAUGUGUAAGUGGGCAAACAUGCAGAUUUGAUGGUCUUCGCGGAAUGCACUUGCAAGAUGGUGAUCGCUUUAUGGCUUUGGAAACCUGCGGGGUGUCAUCCUUCAUUCCUGGUUUCGGAUGGACUGGCGAGGCUGUCGCUGUCUCAAGCAGUGGUUCUUCAGUGGCAUGGGGCACAGAUGCCAUCACAGCUGCUGGAGGACGAUAUAGCCUGUGUUGGUGUGGGCAACGUCCUGCUCUUGGUGCCCUGACAUCUCUGCAAGCUACGGACGCUGCAUGUGGACUAUCAGCAGACUUCAAGGUCUAUGUUGGCGAGCUUACCUUGAUUGGACCGACGCAAGUGGCUGCAGGUGGUUACCAAGCAUCAGCCACCACUCAAUCCUGGGGGACACUUUACUUAGAAGAGCGACCAAGGCUGGAUCCCGAGGUUGGGGCUUUCCAGCGUCGAGAAUGUGUUGCCGGACAGAGAUGCGAGAUCGCGGGCCUGCGUGGUCUGCACAUCAGCGCUGCUGACUCAUUCAUGAUCUUGGAGACAUGCGGAAUUGCAGCUACUGUCGACCGUCUUCCGGAGAGCGGUCGAGCCGAAGCACUCGUGAGCGAGGGCCGGAUAGAAGCUUGGAAUUUGCCACAGUCACUGCAGCGCGAGCAGCUCGACUUAGUCACUCUCAACUUCACGACACCGCUUACCGCAGCGGGUGGGCAAUAUCGCAUAUGCUGGUGCUCGGAGAUUGCAGACUGUUCAACAGCUGAGCAGCUGCGGGUAGACAUUGGUGAAUUCGUUCUUCAUGGCCCGCAGCUUGGGCAAUCCAGGACAUGCUCCUCAGCACAGAACUGCUGGAUCCAAGACGUUCUGGGAUUCAAGUUGGACAUUGACGAUCAGCUGAUGAUCUUGGAUACUUGUGGUGUGCCACAUGUUGGAGACAUGAACUUCUCAGAUGGACAUGGUUGGCCGAUGCUGGGCCUCAUGACGUCGCAUUCACUACGUGGAGUCGUCAAAGAUGCUGCAGGAAGCACCACCGCCACUGUGCCAGAAGCAAUCAUGAGCAAAUUUGAUUUCAGCGCCGUGCGUGUUACGGCUGGUGGAGGUCGGUACCGCUUAUGCUGGUGUGCAGGUGGCUUCGACUGCGGCGGUGGACCAGAGAGUUUUCUGCAAGAUCUUGGGUUGCUUCAGCUCCAAGGUCCCUAUCCACUGCAGCAAGAUCGAACCUGUAUGAGUGGACAAAUGUGUAGACUGAAAGGCAUUGUCGGAGAAGACCUUACGUCACAAGACUUGAUCAUGAUCAGAGAUACGUGUGGUCUUUUGGCGACGGAGGCAGAUCUGAUCUCACGGUUUCCCAAUGAUGGCAUCGUGAACAGUGUUGCCACCAGUGGCCAGACUUUCACUUGGCUGCAGGAUUCCUCGACGCUCUUUGCCCCAAUAUCAUCUGCCAGCGGAGUUUAUCGGCUGUGCUGGUGCAGACCCAAAGGUUUGACGGAAGUUCUGGAAGGCGAGCGCAUCACCUGCGAAUUGCCAGAGCACUUUGCGACAGAUCUUGGUCAGUUGACACUGCUUGGUCCAGAGCCUUUAAACCAGGACAGCACUUGUGUCAGUGGCAUGCCCUGCAUUGUUGCCAACGUCACAGGGCUCUUCUCACAAUACGGAGACACACUGCACAUUCUUGACACCUGCGGCAUCGGGACAGAGGUGUCCGGCAUUCCUCAGCGUGGUCUUUCCUUGCCUGGUCUAGGAGGGGGGAGCCGCUUCUCCUGGGGUGAUGAGCCUUGGACCACAGCCGGGGGCCAGUUCCGCAUGUGCUGGUGUGCUGCAGGGUAUCUGUGCAAGUUGCAGGAGCACUUCUCCGUCGAUAUUGGUGCACUGACCCUUGUCGGCCCGAGUCAGCAGAAUCAAGUCUACUGUGCUUCUGGCUCCCCGUGCUGGGGUUGGAUCGUGGGAGUUCAUCUAAGCCCCAGUGACCAGAUCAUGGUCGCAGACGAAUGUGGCGUCCCUGUGGAGCCCUGGCCAUCUCCUCGCAGCCGGUAUCCCGAGAUUCCUGGAUUCCCAGAUGGUGGACGCUUGCCAUUGCAGGCUUACGUCGGCGACACGUUCCAGUUUAGCUUCUCUGCAGAGUUGAUCACAGCUGCAGGUGGCAUCUACAAGCUUUGCUGGUGCGCCGGGGAUGUGAACCCGAACGGCUGCGCUACAUCAGAGAAUUUCAAAACACAGGCGGGGUCCUUCAUCCUCGUGGGCCCCUCCGAGUACUUGGCAGACUUCUUCAUCCCAACAUCAAUUGGGCCACAGCAGCCCAAGGAGAUUUGGCGUCGGGAUGUACCAGAUCCAAGCGUGGUUUCGAUUGAAGAGUAUGGCGGGAGUCUUGCCAUCCACUGCUCCGUGAAUUCUGAGCUUGGCUCGGCAAGAGGCAGUAUGCCGAUCUUGUAUGUAGACUCUCCGCCGUCCGGUCUCUGGGAGGCACGUGUUGCCGUGCGUGUUGCUGCUUCUGAUGUUGCGGCUGGCUUCACCGUCUACGACAGAGACGGGGACAAACCCGACCUGCUGUUCGGUUUUGACAAGUUCAGUUCACGAGGUUUCGGCGCAUCUGGCGGAAUUGCAGCUCUGCGCUACGGCACGGCCGGCCUUUCCGGAACGAUUGGACUGCAAGAUUUAGGCUCUCUUGCGGUAGAGUGGGUCUCGCUGAAGAUCGAGCGGACAGGCAACGGCCGCUUCGACUUGUGGUACAACUACAAGCUGGGCUCUGACGUUUGGUUGGCACCCGAUGAUGCCACUGAUUCGGAUCCCAGCAUCAGGCAGAGAGUCUUCGUCAAAACUGCUGGCGAACCUGGCGAUCGCCUGUUUCUCGAGACGGAGUGGAGGCUUCUAGCGGAGCAGGUUGAAAGCAAUUCUGCUGGUCGGCGGAUAGGUUUGUAUGUGUCGACUGGAAGCUUAGGCGGAGCAGCGAAGUUCAGGACCUUCCUGGUGCGCAAUCUUUUCCCUCAAAGUGUUGCAUCUUAUGGCCUUGAUGAUGGAAAUCUCCGGGAGUCUCUAGACUCAGUCGGAACACCUGUGACAGAGGCCUCAGUUGCCGUAGGACGGGACGGCUACAACCAGGGCGCCCUCCGCUUCAGUGAUGACAGCAGUCUUGCCUUGCCUGUUGAUCCACUCCAAGCUGAUGCUUUGUCAAACGGGUCCUUACAUGAGUUCACUGUUUCCAUAUGGGUCAAGCCGCAUUCUGCAUCCGAGGGCGGUAUUCUUGGGCGGAGGUUGGCGCAUCUUCCUGACUUGGAGAUAUCCCCAUCUAUCUCUAUGACUUCGGAUGGGAGUGUCGUAUGGACAAUGUACGAUGAGCUUGGCCAGAAUUAUUCCCAGCAGUAUUAUACUCCACAGGACCGCCCUUACGCGCCAGUGUUGAAAAGCUCAGCGAGCACCUCGCUGACACAGGUUCUGGAGGUCGAUGAAUGGACGCAUUUGGUUUUCGUCAAGCAAGCAGACACCGUGAUGUUCUACCGGAAUGGGCAACGAUGGGGAUUUUCGACUCUUGCACCCGAUUCUCAAAGCAACGUCUACGGUCAGAUUUACUUGAACUUCCUGCAAGAUCUGCCCUUACAUGCCUCCGUCGAUGAUGUGAGGUUCUACGAUGUUGGCCUGGCAGACUUUGCGGUUGAACACCUCUUUGGCAAUGCAGAUGUUGACACGCUCCGUUCAAAGUCUCAACGCUGCUUUGCUGGGGCUCCCUGUGAGCUUGCUGGCUUGGUGGGAGAAGGUCUUUCAGACUUGAACAAAUAUGCCGUUCUGACUGAUUGUGGACGCAGUCCUGCAGUAGGUGGUAUGCCAAAUGAUGGCAUUUCUGAUUUCGGGACUGCUCAGAAGGUUUAUUGGGGAUUUGCAACAGACGAGCCACUGACAGCUGGAGGCGGAUACUACAAGAUUUGCUGGUGUGGAGGCGGCUCAGCCUGCGCGGUGCCAGAAGACUUCAAAGUUCUUGUUGGAACUCUAGUGGUGGUGGGGCCAUAUCUGGGUCAGGAGCGCACUUGCACUCUUGGCCAAGUCGCUGCAUUCGACAUUACCGGUGUAGAGCUGGAUGCUGGCGAUCAGUUGCAGGUCCUGGAUACGUGUGGCUUCAAUUUGACGACAACUGGUGUUCCGCAAGGUGCGGUUUCGGAUCUGCAGCCUUCUUCCUGUUAUGGACAUGUGGGUCUUGGGGUUGUUGAUGCCCUGGCCGCCCAUGGAUCUGGCCUGACCGGAAAGACUCAAAGUGAAUGCUGCGCUCUGUGUCAGCGAAGCCUGUACUCCGACUGUGUUAUUUGGGCGUACAGGCCAAGUGACAUGACUUGUUUCUUGUACCGCUCUGUGGCACGGGUUGAGCGUCAAGAAGAUCGUGUCUUGGGUGUUGUGAACGAAUGGGCCACAGUGCCUAACCAACUUCUUAUGGCAACAGUGCUGACUGGCCCGCGCAAUGGCGCUAAUUCUACAGGCCCGUUCCGAUUGUACGUGUGCCGCUCGAAUCAGGAAUGUUUGUUCACCACUGCCUUAGAAUUGACCGACCUAGACGUUGGGUAUCAGACCUUCCAAACAGCAGUUCUGUGGCCUACUGGUUGGGACUGGAGUGGUAUCAAAAUCUUCUCGGACACCGAAGAUCGAUGGUUCCUUGAAAGUUUGGUCGUGUCAGCACUGGGCGUUUCCUGGAACUUUACCUACAGCGGAUGGCUCGAGUUGGGUGCAGAAGCCUUCCUCACAAAAACAGCACCGUCGCAGUACACAUUUGGAGGAUCAUGGGGCGCGGAGACAGUUUCCAUGGUCUCAGGUGGGCAGUAUCGUCUGUGUUGGUGUUCAGGAAGUGGUGUCUGCAGCUCGUUUGCUGCUGAUACUGGUGCCUUGUCGAUCGUUGGACCCGCGCCACUCGAACAGCACCAAACUUGUGUAACAGGACAGCCUUGCAGCAUUCUGGGCGUUACGGGCUUUGCACUCUCAGCGGGUGACAAAGUGAUGGUGUUGGACACAUGCGGACAAUCUGGCCUCAGCUCGUCGGGUAUGAUCUGGGACGGGGCAUCGAUGACUCAUCCGAGCCUGGUCCCACGCUUUAAUUCCGAGUGCAGAAGCCCGAUGAAGUGCCUGAGAGAUGUGCCGUGUGAUAACGACGUGCAUUCUCUGUACGAGAAGACUGCAGUUGGGUGUGGCAUUUCGGAUGAAGCAGUCAAUGCAGGAGCAGAUAUCUCUUGGGGGGGAGGCGCAGUGUACCCGACUCCACCGGGUGGGUCGUACAAGGUGUGCUGGUGUGCGCAUGGCCAAACUUGUUCGAUGUUCGAGCACUUCAAAGUUGAACUUGGAGGCCUGACAAUUCUUGGACCCAGCUCAAUGGAGCAGCACCGGACCUGUGUGGCUGGCCAGGCAUGUGUUGUCAGUAACGUCGCAGGUCAUGGCUUGCAGCACGGAGACCGGAUGAUGGUGUUGGAUGAUUGUGGCAAAGGCUCGUACAGACCCAUGUGCCCUUAUCAUCCCCUCGAGGAUGCCGCAGAAUCUGAGCUGCCCGGCUACAAUGCCACGUUGGCCGCACAGGGCUGCGGAGUCGUCACAGAGCGCUGGCCGGGAUCUUCUUACGGAUCCUCGGGGCUGGCUUCGUCGGAGCCUGCCAUUUCCUCUGCACAUCCUUGUGGCUCCUCGAUGAGGUGGAUACCAUAUCAUCCAGACAGCCGCUGCUAUUCUGUGUUCUCCAGCCAGCUCACAUGGGAUGAUGCGGAAGCUGCCUGUGAUGCGAUCUACGGUGGACAUUUGGCCAGCAUUUCUUCACAAAGUGACUUAGACUUUCUGGUGGAGUGGGUUCUGGAGGUGUCUGAGAGCUACUGGAUCGGCUUGAACGACAAGACGAUUGAAGGCACCUUCGAAUACACCGAUGCUAGUGUCUUCUCUUUCUCAAACUGGGGAGUGCAUCAACCAGCACUGACUCUGUCGAACAAUGAGGAUUGUGUCUACCUGCUGGGAGACGGCACCUUCCACGAUGAUGCCUGCACGGUGGCGCGUACGUACAUUUGUGAGCGCGAUGGUGCCUUCAGUGGGGCGGUAAACGGUGACGAGUUCCGUUUCGGAGGUUUCCGCACAGCUCUUGAGAACCUCAUACCACCUUCUAGUGCUGGCGGCCAAUACCGCAUGUGCUGGUGCCCCUACGGGUACCAGUGCAACGACCCGGCCGACUUCCGCAUGGAUUUUGGGGAUAUGACCCUUGUGGGGCCAGCACCGCUGAACCAGCACAAGACCUGUGUCUCAGGGCAGCCUUGCGAGCUAAAGCCUCUCACUGGCAGCUUUUUGCAGAAUAACGACCUUGUUCACAUACUCGAGACCUGUGGUUCAUACGUGAAUGUGUCCAAGUUCGACCACUACAGCAGCUCGGAUUCUGGGCUUCACCUGCCAAGAUUCCCAAGCAACAGUGGCAUCCAAUCUCUCUCUGAAGGUGCCACGAAUGCUGGAGAAUCCAUUUCCUGGGGCAGCGUGCCAAUCACUGCCAUGGGAGGCCGCUAUCGCAUGUGCUGGUGUGCUGCGGGAUAUUCCUGCAGUGCGGCACCAGAGUUUCGAGUGGAUUUCGGACGCUUCGAUCUUGCCGGUCCUGUACCCUUAGAUCAACGGCGCACCUGCGCAUCUGGGCAGCCCUGCGCUUUCACCAACAUCACGGGACUUCACCUGCAAGACGGGGACCGAAUCAUGGUCCUCGACACGUGCGGACGAGCAGGCCUCAAUGUGGACUACGUGCCGCGCUUCGUUGGAGAUGCACCUGGUGUCCCCGGGCAGCCUCGUGGGAUCUCCGAUGCGGCGACAGAAGGCGGAACUGCCUUCACCUGGGGUGGUGAGAAUGCCGUGGCAGUUUCUGCCAAAGGCGGUCUCUACCGCCUCUGCUGGGCAGCAAACGGCUUCUCACAGGAAGUCCCUUCGGAUUUUGCCGUGGACAUUGGUGCCAUACAGAUCUUGGGCCCUGGCAGCUUCCAGAACAACAGGACCUGCAUCAGCGGUCAUGUUUGCGCCUGGAGUGGCUUCAAGGGCUUCGGACUGGAGGAUGCUGACCGCAUCAUGAUCCUCGACGAGUGCAGCACCUUCAAGGGUGCUAACUUGGGUUAUGAUCACCCAGAGAACGUCGUGCCGCGGUUUCCGUGGGAAGGAAGGUCGCUGCCGGCUUUCAAUACCAGCCUGGCAGAUGGCAGCAGCUACUCAUGGGGAGGUGAAGACCUCGGAGCCUACAUCACGGCGCAGGGCGGCGCCUAUCGCAUUUGUUGGGCUUCACGCGAGUUUGGGGAGCUCAGCACCGGCUACUUCCGAAUCGAUGCGGGAACGUUUUCUUUGGUCGGUCCGGCUCCUCUCGACCAAGAGCGAACAUGUGUGAGCGGCCAGGUUUGCUCCUGGUCGGAUUUCGCAGGGUAUCUGUUGUCGGACGGCGAUGCAAUCAUGGUCCUGGACACUUGCGGGCUAAUGGGUGCCAUGGUACCAAGAUGGAGCAAUCCAGAAGCUCCCAGGUCCCUUGCGAUCUCGCAGCCAGCCACCGGCGGCGGAAGCAACUUCUCGUGGGGCCACAUUGAGGUCUCUGCUCCUGGCGGGCUGUACCGCUUGUGUUGGUGUGCCAAUCCGCAGCCCGAUAGUCCAUGCAGCCGACCGUCAGACUUCAAGACAGACGCCGGCACCCUGCAUGUUGUUGGUCCUUGGCCAAGCUUUCAGAGCCGGACCUGCGUGGCUGGUCAGCCAUGUGCCUUCCAAGGCUUUGCCGGUGCCUACCUUCAAGACGGUGACAGGAUCAUGGUCUUGAGCACCUGUGCCAACCACCACUUUACUGCCUUGAAUGCAGUGGUACCGCGAUUUGCGGCCGGCGGCCUGUCGAACGCAGCUACUGCUGGUGGCACCUCGUUUGAGAUGCAGACGACAAACGGUCAUGCGAUAUCGUCCGCGGGCGGCAUUUACCGCCUGUGCUGGUGUGCUUCUGGCUUCAACUGCCAACUGUCUCGACAUUUCCAGACGGACGCCGGUGCCAUGACAAUUAUCGGACCGUCGCCGCAAUAUCAAGAUAACACUUGCGUGUCUGGCCAGCCGUGCUUCGCUUACAACAUCACUGGACAAGACCUUGGUAACGGGGAUCGGUUCAUGGUCUUGGAGACCUGUGGCUUGUUCACGGCACCUCGCCGCUUCACAGGAGGCGGGGUCUCAGACCUGAUGUCCGAGAACGGGACUCUUGCGACCUGGGGCCAGGAGCCGACAUGCAUGGAGCCCUACAACUUUGACUGCCGUGGAGUCCGGCCCACCAGUCAGGGUGGAAAUUUUAGGCUCUGUUGGUGCGCACACAACUACACUUGCUCCUUGGCAAGCGAUUUCCGCGUCGACAUUGGGCACCUGUCCUUCCUGGGUCCAUAUCCUCUCACAUAUUCUCGGACAUGUGUGGCAGGGCAGCCCUGUGCGUUUUUUGGCAUCGAAGGCCAUUACACACAAGAUGGCGACAAACUCAUGGCACUGGAUACCUGCGCACAUCCCGAAACCCUGCAGCUCAUUCAAAGUUCUGACAAGUGGGGUAUAUACAACCAGCACUUGGUUGCUGCUGGCCAGUACGGUUGGUUUGAUGGUCCUUCAAACAAUGCCUCUUCAAACGGAUCCAGCUUCUCGUGGGGAUCUGGAAAUCAGGUGAUAACCAGCCCAGGCGGUUUGUACCGGAUGUGCUGGUGUGCUGCAAACUAUCCAUGCCUCGAAGCACGAGAUUUUCAGACGGACAUCGGAGAGCUCAACGUCGUUGGACCGUUCCUUGAGCUGCCUGACCCCACGGGUCUCCUCACGCUGGAACAGCGCUUGCAGAGAUAUACUUGUACGACCAAUGAAGCUUGCAGCAUUUCUGGGCUUCAAGGUCAAUUCCUAAGUGAUGGUGAUCUCCUGAUGGUGAAGCGUGACUGCAGUCCGGCUUGGGAGUUCAAUUCCACUGUUCCGUUCUGGCCUUCAAACACUUUUGUUUGGGGAAUUAGCGAUCCUGGAAUAAUUGAGACCACCUUGGAUGACAUCACAUAUCAGACAUACAACUGGGCAGUCAUAGGAACGACGAGUGAGCGUGAAGUUCGGUCUGAGGGUGCCUACUACCGCUUAUGUUGGUGUGCUGCCGGUUACACUUGUGCAGACCCGAUCGACUUUGCCGUUGACGCGGGCACUAUGAAGUUGAUUGGACCGCAUCACAACCAGGCCAAGACGUGCUUCUCUGGUGCUGCAUGCGUGGCCAACCAGGUAAGUGGCGUCGGCUUGAGCAACGGAGACCGGACGAUGGUCUUGCGCUACUGUGACACGGACUUGUACAUUGCACGCUUUCCAAACCAAGGGUAUUCAGAUCCAGCCGUAGACAAUGGCACUACCAUCACGUGGUCUGGUUCCGACGCCACUCCGGUCACUUCACCAGGUGGAUUCUACAAGCUGUGCUGGUGUGGAGCUUCUCAGACCUGUACAAGAAGCGGUUCCAACUUCCGCGUGGAGUACGGGCUCUUGUAUGUCGUGGGGCCAUCACCUUUGACUCAGAGCAAGACUUGUCUAAGCGGUGAACUUUGCGCUGUGGAGGACUUUGCAGGCUACGGGCUGAGCAACGGUGAUCGAAUGAUGAUUUCCACCAAUUGCGGUGACCCCAAUGGCGUAAUUCCAAGGUUUCCAAACAUGGGCAUUUCAGGUGAGUCAAUCGACAACGGAACAACUUUCGUGUGGGACGAUUAUGUGACAGCAGGUGGAGGCAUCUAUUGGAUGUGCUGGUGUUCCAAUAUGUAUUCCUGCGACAGAGCGGAUCUGUUCAACGUGGAGUCUGGCCUGCUCACACUUCCAGGACCGUACUUGGGACAGGAGCGUACCUGCAGGAGCGGCACGGAGUGUGGCUUUUCAAACUUGCGUGGCCUGGGGCUCGCAGACGGUGAUCGGAUAAUGGUCAUGAAUCAGUGCGGCACGAAUGAGAUACUGCCAGGUUGGCCCGACAACGGCAUAACAGAUCCUGCCAUUUUUCAGGGUACAGAGUAUGCCUGGGGCAUCUCCAGCGGCGGGCUACAUGUUACUGGUGCCGGAGGCGAGUAUUCCAUGUGUUGGUGCUCGAUUUUUGCUCCGAACUGCUCCUCUGGAGAGUACUUCCGUACGGAGGUCGGCAUUAUGAAGAUGCUAGGCCCGGCGAUCGGCCAGAGGAAGUUCUGCACCAGUGGCCAGGUCUGCAGCAUCACGCAGUUUGGUGGCUAUGAGCUCCAGAAUGGGGAUCGCCUCCUAAUCAGUCCCUCGUGUCUGCCCUCAAAUGCCUCCUUCAUUCCCGGCUUUUCAAACAAUGGCAUAUCGGUGGGGACCGCCGGUGGCUCCCGCUUUGACUUUGAAGGACGACUUACUGCCUCUGGAGGUAUCUAUGCAAUGUGUUGGUGUCCUGCAGGCUCCCCCUGCCAGUCCCCAGACAACUUCCAGGUCGACACCGGGAAUCUCACAGUCAUCGGCCCUUUCUUGGAUCACACAAAGACCUGCAUCUCCAGUCAGGUGUGCCGCUUCGACGGAUUCUUCGGUCAGUCUUUGCUCAUCAGCGACCGCAUCACCGUCCUUGCGACCUGCGGAACAAGCUUCGUGCUUCCCAGAAUGCCCAACAGUGCCCUCUCCACAGAGCACUCCAACUUGGGAAACUCGGUCUCUUGGGGCCCGCUGCGAGCUACAGCACCUGGAGGAACAUACCGGCUUUGCUGGUGUGCCGCCACGUCCAAGUGCAGUUCUCCCACAGACUAUGUGGUCGACAGCGGUGAGCUGCACAUGAUUGGCCCCAACUUGUACCAACUGCAGCAAUGCUAUCCAGGUGUGACCUGCAGUUUCGAUAAUUUCCUGGGUUAUGGACUCCAAAGCGGCGAGAAGAUCAUGGUCUUGGAAGUCUGCGGGCUGGGAGCAGGAGUCUCCGGCUUUCCAAACGGCGCAAUCUCAAAUCCAGCCACCCAGGGUGGCAUGCAAUACGGCUGGGGAGACGGUUCAAACAGCACCGACUUCUUCGCUCUCAAUACAUCGACUCCCGGCGGUUUCUAUCGGUUGUGCUGGUGCCCCGCCGCAAGUGGUCUAGAGACGUGUGAUAGCAGCCAAGACUUUAGGGUCGAUGCUGGUGCACUCAUCGUCAAGGGUCCCUUUGCCCGGGUCGACACUUUGUGUGCAGCGGGUCAGACAUGCACCCUGGGCCCGUGGGAUGGAGCAUUGCUUGCUUUGUCCGACCAUGUGCUGAUCAUUCCCGACGGCAACACUUGCGGCCAGAGCGCAGCCGACGUGCAGAUAGCUCAAGGGGAGCCUAAGGGAGUCACCUGCAAUCUGGAGCUGACGACCUGCGAAGCCAGUUUGAGUAGCGUCGAGACGCAGCAUGGCGGACUUUUUAAGGUCUGCUAUUGUGUGACCUACUUGGACACCAAUGGUACCGACACGCUGCCUUGCACGGAACCCUCGGAGUUCACAAGCUUCGCCAGCAACCUCCAGGUGCGCGGCCCUCUUGGAGCACAGGCUUACGCUUGCGUUGUCGGCAUCGACUGCGACAUCACUGUCAUUGGCUUCAUGCUCUCAGUUCUCGACCGUGCCAAGCUCGUGAGAGACGGCUUCCCUUGCAAUGGCAAUCCAGUCGCUGGGGUGCCGGCACAGGAGGUCCUUAUCAACAGCGGUCAGUCUCUGCAAACCAACAGCAUUGCGCCUGAGCCCAACCAGAACAGCUCCCAAAACCUGUUCCUUCUUGGCGGUAUCAGGGAAAGUGGUGACUACAAGGUUUGCUACUGCUCCAGCGUCUUGUCCUGUUCGAACCCAUAUGACUAUGGCGGGGUGGCCGGAACUGUGAUGGUCUCUGGAGCUGACUCCACUCAAGUCUACGUGUGCCGACGCGGCUCCGAGUGUCUCAUCGACCUGAGAGGAUGGCGCUUGGGUCCGAACGAUCGCCUCAAGAUUGUUGCAGAGGGAAGCAACUGCGCGACAGAUUCCCCGACCUUCGGAUUCGGAUCGAAUCCGGCAUGGGUGCAGGGGCAGGUCACCACAUACGUUGACGAGACGAACACCACCAGCAUCAACGUGUUCAACGUCGGUACUGCUAAGGUCGGAACACAGGAAGAAGGAUGCCUUCCCGACGACGUCAAUUGCGGCUACAAGCUGUGCUACUGCCCAGGCAUCGGCAACUGUGCCAACGGCUCUUCCUACACCCAUACCGCAGGAGCCUUACGGGUGACCGAGUCUAUUCGGGCGAUCGAGAUCGAUACCUCCUUCGCAGUGACGUCACAUUCACUUGGCCUGCUCGUGGACUCUUCCUACGGAGGUGGCUUGAUACGUUGUGUCGUCAACGACGGGCCUGCAACGGAGUGGGGACUGUAUCCUGAUUCCAGCUUCUUCACUUUCGGACCGGGCACCAGCGACGUUGGCUGGGGAGCAUCACCUGGACAGGCGGGCUCUGGAAAGAAUGCUUUGACCAUACACCUGACCCAGUUUGUGGAGGCCGGUCAGAUCUUGAGGGUCUGGUGCUUCCUUUCCGACUCACCUGCCUACGUCUUCCCACCGGAUCUCGAAGGAGUACAGGUGGCCGUUCCACUGAGCAUGAAAACGCCCAGAGCGGAUUUCUUGCCCAGCAAGGGCUGGCACUCGAGCCUGCACAGGAUUCAGAUCUUUGAUGUUGCUACAUCGCAGGGCCUGGCAGGCCGAAGGUUGGCAGUUGAGGACAUCAGAGUUGUGACGGCCAUGAGCACGGAGACUUGCAGUUUCAUGGCGUACCACAUGGAUGACCGCAUGCUGAACAUUCAAGAGUCGAAGGACAACUUUGGCAACCUUAUGUUGGAGACAGCAUCGCUCGCACAGUUGGACACAACAAUGUGCAUGGAUGAUCCAGGUUGCAAGCUCCUGCUUUGCUAUUUCGGCAGUCCCCAGGAAUAUCCAAUCCCGAUGAGGGAAACCCUUGACAUCGGAAUCAUUCCUGUGCUGCAGACAGCAACCCUUUAUCGUGGUGCAAGGAACAGGAUUCAGGUGCAAAAGCAGACGUCCACCUCGGGGAACAUGAGCUGGAUUUCCGUCGAAGAGAGCCAAAGCUUAGGUGGAAUUCUGGAUGCAGGGCAGGUGUGUCCGGAGAUGUCAGAUGCGUUGGCAAGAGGAAGGGUUGUGGGCCUGUCUCCGCUGGGCCUUAGCGACUCGUUCCUGCUCGACGAGCCCGCGGGAACGUAUUAUGCCUGCAUUCUCGACGACAUAGCAGACGCAGAACAGCAAGCUCCACUGCAGUCUGUGGGAAGCUUUGUUGUCAGUGAGGUCAUCGAGAGCAUGGAGCAAAGUGCCCUGGCAUCGACGCGGACAACAUUGCGACUGGAUGUGACGGCACGACUUGCCGGCAUUCUUACUUGUGUCGUGAAGGAUCCACAGGUAACUUCCGCAAAGGCGCAAGAGAUCCUGGCAGCAGCCGCAGCCGCAGUGGAGGGCUUUACUGGAGCAGCCGCAGCACAGCUGUAUGCCUUCGCGCAGAGAUCCGCCCUGCUCGACUGGUUGCAGAGCCCGGAAGACACAUUGGCACUGGCCAUUGUCACGAUUCCGGCAGCGGUGCCACCAAACGUCACAGUCUCGCUUGUGCUGGCCACUUUGUUACAGACCGAUCACGUGCCUGCCUGGUGUUGGCAUUCGGCCACCGAGGAGACGAAGAUGGUGACACCCAGUGAUCCCAAUGGCCAGCAGUUCACUCUUCCCGGGCAGGCGCCUUUGGCUCAUACCUUGCCAAGCUUUCUUUGGCCUGGAUCCUCGUUCCUGGUGUUCAUGGAAAACGUCGCCGACAGUUCGCAGUCUCGUAUCAAGAUGGUGAACGACACCGUGGAGUGUGAUGCGUCAGCCUACUCAGAGGCGGUCCCCGUUGUUCUGAACAUGUCCGGCAUUGAACAGCCCAUUCGGGCUUACUUGAGUGCAAACCCGUUCAAGCGGCUGUUCUGCUUCUUCGAGCUUCCGACGUCACUGCCAGUCGCCGUGAAUGCUGCGGCGGGAGGAUUCAUGCAGUUCACACAGGAUAUUCUGCCGAGCCUGGCCUUGAUCGUCGAUGAUGCUUUUAUUGAGCACAUGAGCCGCGGCCUGGCCUCGAACCUGAUUUUGUACGACGUGGCGGUUGGGGAGCUUGCACAGGCCUUCCUGCUGGAGGAAGCGGUGUACCAGGCCAACGGCGGCCAUUGCUUGCCUCCUAUCGGCAUCGAAACCAUGGUCGCAGAGACUGCCGCGAACUACAUUCAACGAGCUGCGGCAGUCCCAUUGAAGGCAGUAUCCGUUCUGCCGAGCCCGGUGAACGGCGCCACACACUUUGUGUCGAUCGCGGAGGAUGAGACACAGUCGUUGCGCAUCGGGGCGAAGUAUGUUCUCUGCUAUGUGGGCUCCUCCGCCGACACGACUCGGGUGUUUAACAAAGUCGGUCGCAGCUUGAGCAUCAUGGACAUCAUCUUGUCGUUGGACAAGGAAGAACGGCCACUGGGAGACGAAGCUGCCACUUCGAAGGAGAUCAACGCCAUGGUCCAGGCGUCACUGAUGGGCACAGUCAGCUGCAUUGCUACGACUCGCACCUUCGAUCGCCCCUUGCUUGCCGAAGAAUUAGUGGGCGACUAUGCGACUAGCAUGCCUCCGGAUUUCGUGCCCGUGUUCGAGGAAUCCCAGGUUCUCGGCAGAGCUGUGAACAUACCGGUGCUAACAACAGGUGAGAACAUCACGGUCCGAAUUGAGAACAGCCUGCAGAAUGCGGCCAACAUUCAGCGAAUGCCUUUGGGAGUUGCACCGCAGGUCUUCGUCUGGUGCAAGCACUCGAAGUCUCUCGUGGUAUUCCCAGAGGAUGGCAACGGCAUUGCGAUCAGCCUGGGGGUCCUCGCUGCACCCAACUUUCAGUAUGUCACUCUGGGAAGUCCUUUGACACAGGUGGUACUCGCCCGCAAUGUGUCGUUCCCGACACUUGCUGUGCUCUGGUCGGAGUCGGGCUUCCCGGCCUACUACUUCGACGAGGUGACCUUUACCAUCACGCCAACACUCCCAGAUGGCCUUGACAUCAGCGCGCAGAACGGGGGCAUAAAGUCAGAGCCUGUCCCGUUACAACUUCUUCCGGCAGCAGACUUCGUCAUCAAGGCCCAAAGCAAGUUCGACGUCCUCAAGGCCACGAGCACAACGUUACGGCUGGGUGUAGAGGAGCCAGCUCAGUGCGGCCUCGCCAGCAUCAAGAGUACGGAGGCCAUGGUGAACUGCAUCGUUCAUGACGCCAACAACAUGAAGGUUGAGGCCAUCUACCUCCAAAUUAUCUUGAAGACCGGAGAAGCCCUGGAUCUGUUGCCAACAGCGUUCACUUGCAAUGGUGCAGCAACAGAUCCUGGGUCCGGAGGCAUGACGGACUUUGACUGCCGGAAGGUUGGCUCAGACCAGUGCUGCUGCUGGUUGUGGGUCGGCCAGCCCAACAUUCCCACCGUCUUCAACACAAGCAGGCUGAAGACCGGCAAGGUACUCAAUGCAGCCUGCGAUUUGCAGAGCUACCAAAGGUACGAUGUGCUGACCAUGGCAACCGGAGUGAACCUGAUGUCUGCAAACACCUUCACACCUGUGGUGGCGGAGCAGAUUUUCGACUUCACAGUGCCAGAGGGCAAAGUUGCCACACCCCUUGCCUUCGAGAUCAAGGUUGACAUCAACUACCAGGAAAGAUGUGCUGGUGUUGCUGCCGAAGUCGCAUGCAAGGAAGAGAUGAAGGCAGAGCUUGCUGCACUUCUCGGUGCGCCAGACGACAUGAUCGUCAUCACGGCAGUGUAUGAAGAGCAGCUGCCUGUACAAAGGUUGCACACGCAGGACCUUGGAGGACUUCCCCUUGAUCCUGGACUUGUCUCGAAAGCGCUUUCGAGGACACGGAGGAAAAAAGCUCGAUUGACGAGCACGCCUGCACUACAAGCUGUCUCGGGCAUCAUCUGUGACCUGGUUGCCGACAGCGCGUCCGGCAACAUCCUGCCAGCUCGAAAGAGAUGCAGGGGCCAAGCCUUGGGCGGCAAGAUGCUGGACAUGAUUGAGAGGUUGCCGAGCAGGCCAACGAUCGUCGGGGCCUGCAUCCCGAUCCUUCGUUGA